AUGACCGGCCCAGCCGAGUCCACGGUCACGGCGGCAUGGCUAGUGGCCUGCGUCGCCUUUCUGGCACCCGUCGCGCCACCGAACGUGCACGCCGCGUGAGUAUCCCGCACGCGCCGCGUUAUCCAAAUAUGAAAACACGCGCAUCUUAGUCGCUAAUGGCUUUCGAAGCUGUUUAUCUAAUCGUCGGGUAAUCUGUAAUAAUAUUUUUAACGAUAUCGGACCACCGGGGAACCGGUUUUUAGCGCAUUUUUUAAACAUUUUUCGCGGCUACAACACGACAGUAGGUGCGCGGUGUUCGCGCGCCUUUAUAAGUCAACCGAUUUAUUUACACGCGACUAGCGGUUAUAUUUACCCGCGCAGACACGUCUGUUUUAUACUCGGCCGGAGUGGCUGUUGUUGUUGUUGUUGUUGUCAUUGUGGCGCGCGCUGCGCGGACUGAAACGCGGUGAAAAUCGCGCGCGUAAAGUCCGUUCGCGGGAACGACGAGCCGGUUUUAAUUAUUUAUUAUUAUUAUUAUCGUUUUUCUUUUUUUUCCUUUUUUGUUCCGAUUUUUCACGAAGAGAUUUUUGAAUAUUUAAAUUAAAAUUAAAUUUUUCAUCGUCGAGGGUUUACUACACAAUAUAAUAUCAUAUUAUUUCAUCGCAUACAUAGGUAUAAACACGCGGCCAGCUUGGUGCGUACAGCAAUGCGUUGUCGAAACAUAUUAUUAAAAUGGGGCCUUUAACGACGAAAUUAUACGGCACGCGCGCGUCUCUGAUUCCUCAUAUUAUUACGAUAAUAAUCGCGCGUAGUAAUAACGUAUUUUCCCGUUUCCCGUGCCCGCGACCGCGCGCGCGUUUCUGCGUGCGGCGGGACGCCGCCGGCGAACAGUUAUAAUAACAAUAAUAAUAAUAAUAAUAAUAAUAGUAAAAAAACCGAACGCGUUCGCGUCACCGCGCGCGGGCGUUCGCGAUUGUUGUUAUUGUCGCGGAAACGAUUUGGCACCGCACGCCACGGCGGCGCGGCGUCGUCGGCCGUGCACGCACACGGGACGGCCGCCGUACAACGCACGUAAAUCACGUAUAAUAUUUUACACGAAACGUUUAUCGGCGCAUCUAAAACGCUACCGUACCUAUUGCCGCACGGGGAGCACGGGGAGGGGGGGCGCCCGUAAAAACGACAACGGGCCUAUAAUUACGGGGCGUUCCGGGAAUCGCAACCCCCCCCCCCUUGCCGACCCUUGCCCCGCGGCCGCGGGUCCGCCGCGAUAGCCGCCGUUUUCCGCGUUCGUCCCCGACACACCCGACAAUGUUUGCCCCCGCGGUUUAUCGCGUUUCAAAUGAUUCGCUUGUUAACACGCGACGACACCGAAAAUAGACGGACAGUAGUAGUCGUCGACCGUCUAAAUUGUUGCCGCAUAGUAAUUCGAUUACGACGGGUGUGUAAAGACUUUUGAUUAUUUUCCCCUCCCUGUGUCUCACCCACUUUAUAUACAUACAUGGUGUUCAACCGAGAUCCGACAAAUGCCGAAACUCGCGUUUCGUACAAAAUCCGAAACGGCCGUUCCGUACGUUUAUUUCGAGACAAAACGUUUGCGCGACAAACGUUCGUUAAUGACGCGUCAUUAAUUUUCGUCAAUUUCUCGGAGCUUACGAUAGUUUUUGAGGUUGCCCGCGUGGUCACCACCACAAGAAUACACGAGCGUAUCAAUCCAUUUUUGUCAAUUUGUUCACGAAAAAUAACGCGAACGUCGGAGAGUUGUAGAACAUUUAAACGCGGUACGCAAACACUCGUAACACCGACACUUUGUUCGAAAAUACAUAUUUUACGAAACGGCCGUCUUGGAUUUCGUAAAAAACAAUUCAAAUCGUUUGUUUUGGGGUUUUCGAACAAAAACGCACGUAAAAUAGAAACGAUCGCGGAGCAAUGCGGCACAAGUGAUUACCAAAAGAGAAACGAAUGUUGAACAGAACGGUGUGUAGUCACAGCGUACGUCAGAUGUCCGUGAAAAACCCUGUCGUCCCAUUGUCGCACACUAUCGUCCGUACGUAAAAUGAUUAUUGCGGAUUUCGGUAUUCUUUCGGUUUCGCGAUGACGUCGCCGCGAACGUACGGGCGCCCUUAUCGUUUCGUCACGUGCGCGCUCGAUGGGACCCAUCGACUUUCCGGAAUUUCCGAAAUGCGGAACCCCGCGGUGUUCGUAAAGCUCGACGGCGGUUACGAUUCGACGACGUUUUUUCGCGGCGCCUACCUUUGCGGUACACGCGGAACAAGUGCGUGCGUUUUGAACAUACCGCAACGCCGCGCGCUGUAAAACGAUUCUGUACACGUACAUAACACGAUGCGCGUGUCGUCCGGGGGCGGAUGGAGAGUGGGUUGACACCCGAACGUUGAAAUUCGCCCGAAGAACGUCUCCAACCCCACCCCAUCCCCCACCCCCAACACGUAGCGCGUGUCCGUCGUCGAUAUCGUACGUGUGAAUCACCCACCGCCCCCGCCCUCCGCUCCCCCCGCACGCAUACAAUGGAAACGGAACACAGUGUAGGCAUCGCGCGCGCCGAUAAGCGUGUACGCCGUGUCGCGGGGGUGACAUUGGAAAUGCCAUCGGCGAAAUGAUAUUACUACGUCACCGCCACUGGUUGCAGCGCGCGGUGUGUAAAUAUAAUAUGACUGUGCGGGGCGCGUGCGGCGGUGCCGGCGGUGUUUUUGCAGAAUGGGGAGGGGGGAAGCGGGGAGAAACGUCGUCGUGUAACAAUGUUAUUAAAAAAAAAAAAAAAAACCACCCCGAACAUAAAACGCAUUUCGUCUCAUUAAACGCUGAAGGUCGCGUAGUCCAUAUUACGUUCGUCGUCCUUGGCCCGUCCCCUAAAUAAUACAAAUUAGUUCGCGUUUAAACUUUCCGCGCCCCGCCGUACUGCUUAUGAUAUAUCGUAUGUACACAGGGUGUUUCUGAAAUAAAUUACGAAACCGCGCUGCGAAAAUGUGAUUUUGCGUUUGCGGAAUAUUUCCGAUCCAACGGCCCUGUGCAACGGCCAGGCGAGCACGGAAUGACCACUGUCGUAGUGUCCACAUAAUAUCAGUCCGCGGCGAAGUAACAAUAAUGCGAGCCCGUCUCCCGGAUGCGGAAAAAAUAGUAAGAAAGGCGUGCGUGGUUCAAUCGAAUUCUGGGUGAAAAGAAAAGAAAAGAAAUUUUAUUUUUUUUUUGUUUGUUAUCUUCGAUUUUAUCGUGACAGAAAAGCUGACUGAAGUUUGAGCCCUUCGAUUCAGAACAAACGUGACGACGCGCCGUUUAAAGGCCCGCCGAAUCAAAAGCGAAACUAAUAUUCUCCCGUGAACGUGCCGAUAAAAACCCGACGAAAUUGUCGCGUCGGAGAAAAUGUUUAAUCUCCGUCGGAAGUCCGCAUGAAAUAUUAUCGUUUUGGAGUUUUUUCGCGAAAAAAAAACUUGUUUGUUUUUUUCCUUUUUUUGCAUCUCCCACAGAACAGCUGCUUUUGAAGUUAUAGUAAAUUAUGCGCGUCACUCGGCGGGUUGUCGAGAUGACAAUAUUUUCGGAAUUUUAUUUUUCCCGUUCCCAAAAUAAAUGUUUUAUCGAUUUUUUUUUUUAAAAUAUUGUUAAAACCAAAGUUGCUAGAAUGAUAUUUCUCCCGAAAACUCUCGCAUACAAAUUGAUUAUGUGUGCCAUCGUUUUUACACCUUGGUUGCGCGUUUUUCACGACCGUAUCGUUCGAAUAAUAAUAAUAAUAAUAAUAAAAGAUCAGAUGUUGUAGAACGGUAUACCACUGUUGCAGGUUGGAAAUCGGGAUAUAGUAGGAUACAUCAAAUUAUUUAAUUUAUAUCGGUACGCAACGUUGAACCGACGAAAACCAGUUCUGCGGAAAGCAGAAUUGAAUUCGUUUCCGAAUUUCAUCAAAAUUUGAUAUCAAUAAAACGCUCAUAAAAAAAAAAAAAAAAAAAACACUACAUUGAGCUCAACUUUUUUAUUUGUCACUGAAUGAACCUUAUAAUGAAGAUCGUAAUAGUUUUUUAAUGAAACAAUGGUAUCUAUCACUUUAUAUCAAAUAACAAUAAAUAUCAAAUCUCGUAAAUGUGAAAUAACUAUAAAUAGCUCGAAAAACCCCAAAUAUUUUGAAAAUUCGAUCACGUUAAUAAAAAUCGAAUAUACGAUUCUGUAAACAUUAGUGGGCUAUAAGAUUAUAUUCAACCGAAUCGCGUAAAAAAAAAAAAAAAUCGAAAAUAAUUAAACCGUUAUAAUAUAGGUAAUGUUGUAAAUUUGCCUGUGUUUCCCACGUUCUUUUUACAAUUAUUGAUAAUAAACUAAUGAAAAAAUCCUUUUUUAUUCGGCAACUAGAUAAAAUUUUCUUUUAGAAAAGAAGCUCUAGUAUAUUUCGACCAAAAUUGUCGGUAAAAAACAAAAAUCGAAAAAAAUGCAUAGUAAAUAAAAUCGUGUACACCAUAAGUUUUUCCCGAUUAUUAUGAAAACCUUUAAAGAAACAAAAAACCAAAACAAAAUUAUCUCCUAAAAAACUCAACAAAAAAUAUCCCUUGUCAUGUUUUGAAUAAAGUGAAAUUUCUGGUAAAAAAAAACUGGCUCACAGACGCACAAUAAGAAAUACAUAAGUAAAAAAAAAAAAAUAAGCACGUAUCGUAAUAUAGUAAAACCGAUACACGGCUCGCUGCGCUCAGGAUCGUUCGUGUGUGAAGACCGUGAGGCAAAUAUUGUUUAAGUAGUUGUAUUUUGUAUAUUCCAGAUAAUAUUAUCCUAACUAAAAAAAAAAAAUCGAUAAAACGGAAAUGUUAUGGCGAUGGAAAAAAAAUUACUAAAAUAUCGUCGACACUGAAUGUAUAAUAAUACACGUAUUUACACAGCAGUUUAUUCCUAGUUUAUUUCAAAAACACCCCGUAUGAGAUUAUUGUACGCAUACGAAGCGCCCAGUUUUAAUUUUCAAAUUUCGUUUUUAGGCACCUCGCAUUAAAAAUAAAUCACCACUCGUCGGCAUCGUUUGUUUGUGUUUUUUAUUAUUAUUAUUUUUUUUUUGUUUCUCCGCGGUUCUUUUUUUUUUUUUUGUUGAAUACAAUGAAAAAUAAAUUUUACUCGAAUCUACGUUAGGGUAUAAGUAUUAAGUAUAUAUACUUACGCGCGUGUGAUCCUGCCACGUUUUUGUAUGUCGGAUAUUAUCAUAACGAAAUUUAUUUCACGGCAAACGCGCGCGGUAAAAACAUAAGCCCCAUAAAUUAAAAUAUUUUAUCACUGCGUUUUUAUUUCGCCACUCGAAAUCCUCUAAUAUUACUGUCGUAUUCUCCCCGAAAACAGAGGCUAUCGCACUGCACAUUUAUUUUUUUGACACUUUUAGCGGCACCCUCAUGACCGAAAGGGAACGAAACUCGGGAAUUACAGUCGUUUUAUAGGUGGAUUGCAUUGACAAUAUAAGUCGGGUUGUAUUUCAACACGAUACAUUUAACCGAUGCUUUGAACACCCCUACAGAACCCCAUCCCCAAAUGGAGCCCGAGGGAUGACAUUUUGUAUACCGUGGCGUUACCAUCGGUGACGUGCCUUUUUCGUGUGGUUUCCCUUCAUCAACUAGCGCCCCAAUCGUUUUUGUGUUCACAUUUCACCAAAAUUUAAAAAAAUAAUAUUUUUCAAGUUAUACAUCUAUAGUAUAUCUAGCUAUAUUAUAGUUACGUAUUGUAUUUGGUUAUUCAUUUAUUUAUAAAGAAUAUUUAAAAUUUUCAAUAAUACGAAAUAGGCGAGGGGGAGAAUUGUGACUGCUCUAGUGACAGAGUCUACUGCUUAACGGGUGAUUUAUAACCUCUUACAUUAUAUACCUCUUAUAUACAUAUAUUUAAAGGUGAAUAUCGCAGUCUCAUAUUUAAGUCUUGAUUGUGAUAGACAAUUUACGUAUGAUAGAUCAGCCUUAAAGGAUUAAGACUUUAAAAUUAACGUGUAUAAUUCAAUUGAUAAAUGAUUAGCGAGAGAAGUGAUCAAAUUUGUCAGCAGGUGCCAAAAGAGAACCGUAAAUACGUCACUGGAGUAUUGAUAUAAUCCACCGAUACGAGGAUUUUUUUUUCACUACCGACUAAAUAUCGAAUGUCUUUGGAACAAUGAAAAAAAAAGGUUGCGGUUUCAACCGACGUAUUAUCAUUGGUCGUAACAAAGGUGGGCUCAAGUGAACUUUGUAAAGUGUUCAAUAAUGCGAGCAAAUUAAAUGUUUAAAACGUACAAAUGACGUGAUCGCAUAAUAUUGCUGAAUUGUUAAACGGAUUAUGUUAUAUACCUAAUCACUUGCUAUGCAUUUUUCGCCGAAUAAAAUGUACAUCACACUAGGUAUCACAGUGACUUGAGGUAUUUUAAUUUUCGGUAUAACGUGUGCAAGAAUAGUGUGCAUAUACUAUUAGGUAUACAUAAUGAAAAAAAAAAAAAAUGUCUGAAAUCGAUUUAAGCUCUUCUUAUUCCCCGGGACCAAAUGUAUAUCGGUAAAAAACAAAAAAAAAAAAAACAAAAAUCGGUCGUAUUGGCUAGGCACUAAACGUAUUACUAUUAUUAACUAUAUUACGCGGCCAUUUAUUUGCGUUCGAUAUUAUAUAGUUUUGCAAACACCGUUUUAUCGAGUGAAAUCAAUGAAUUAAUCGCGUAGUAUACAGACCGUGUAAACCGUGUAGUGUUUGUAAAAGCGUCAAGUUGUCAGCCGUUGACACGUGAUCGACUGCUGUAAAUAUGAUAGCCGUUUAAAAAUGCAAUUCCUUCCGCCGCCGCCGCCGGUAUUAUAAUAAUAUAUACCUCUAAAGCAGCCGUUGAAAGUUUUUUUUUUUUUUUUAAAUAAUAUUUUUUCUCCGAAACACGCAUUCUGUUGUUUUGCGCGUAAUACCAUGCUAUUACUAUAAUAUACUUACCGCCCACAUAACGGCAAUAACUGUACCGUAUAACUGAGAAAUCUUCGACGAUUAAAUUUUCUCGCGCUUUUGCACGCAAUUAUUAAUUUUAUUACAAAGGCGAAACGGUGCGGAGCAGUAAAAACGUCACUUCAAAAAUCGAUUUUACAAUAUCAUUGUUAACUACAAAAUCGGCAAACGUCUUUGAUUACAACAAACGGUGAAAAAACAGUACCUAAACAAAUGAAAGUUAUUUCCAUUCCCUCGAAAAUCGAUUUUAAAAUUUUUUCUACACGUUUUUAUUCGAGUUUUAAAUAAUCCUGAUCGCAACGAUAAAUUUAUUUAUUGAUUUUACACUGAUAUGUGUGUGUGUGUGUUUUUUUUGUCUAUAAACCAUUUUUCCAUACCAGAAAUCUUGCUCCGAUUUUCUGUAGCAUCAUUUCUGAAAGCAAAUUUGAUAUAUAGUUGGUAUUUUAAUAUUUUGUUUCCUCUUAUAGGUGGUAAUAUUAUUAUAAUAAAUUUAACAAAUUAUUACACACGCACACACGACGCAGCAACAAGGAAAAUUUCACAAAGCAAAUAUAAGUUUUCUAUUCUAAUUUCAAGUCUCUACAAAUAUUUUUAACUGAAUCACGACAUAAAAACAAAGUUUUAAAUAAUACAUUUCGUACAUUUUUCCGUUUUUUCCUGGUUUUUGUCAAUUAUAAUGAAAACCACUUAUUCACAGAAAAAUCAAAAACUGGUCUCCUUAGUACCACCCUGAUAAUAUUACAUUUUGGAAAAGGUUGUGCAUUUGGAAAUCAGAGCAAUAUUUCCGGCAGAAAAGAAAUCACCGUUUAGAAAAAAUUUGAUUUAUCUAACGUAAUUCAUCUAGAUAAAUAAAUAUACAUACCUAAUUGAGAAAUUCGAAAAAUUGAACGUGAAAGUUAAAACUCAUGUCUAAUCAGUAAACCAACCUUGUACAAAUAGAGAACAAAAUUAAAAACAUAAAGUAAUUGGUAAUAAUAUUAUCUGGUCGAUUAUUUAUUUCUAUUUAUUUAGUUAUUUCUAAAUGCCAAUGAAACUUUUAGACUUUAGAAUCCAGUAUAAAUUGACAAAAAAUUUUUAGAAUAAUUAAUACAAUUAAAAAAAACAGUUUUAUCUUUUUUUUUUAUUCAGAUAAAUAGUGUUUUAUAUUUUAUCUCCAUCUAGAUAAAUUGUAUAUAAUUAUCUUUAUCUAGAUAAAUUUUUAGUUAUCUUUGCGCAACACUGUCUUUAUUGACGAUGUAUUCCACUUUUAAGUUGCGGUAUGGAGAGCAAUGUAGCUCUAUGAAAAUGCCGCACGCCAUGCAACCACGUAAAUGAAACUCCCUGAAAUUCCAGCAUUUUUUUUUUUUUUCUAAAAGUAGUACAAUUGCAAUAUAGUAUAGUAUUGUUUUAAUAUGUAUUCGGGUUUUUAUUGUUUCGCAAAAUGUUUUAAUGCAAAAUAAGCGGAAGGGCGGAAAUUCGAUCCAAGUGACGAGGACGUGACGUGACGGUUUUUUUUUUAACAAAUAAUAUUAUUUGACUUUAUUUACAUGCCGUAAAAAGGUAAAACGUCGAUUUCCCAACGCGAUUCACUCGCCGUUCGGUUGUCGUCGUUGUUGGCCGUCUUGGGCGUGUAUGCUUCCAUAUUAUUACGAUGAUGGGCGGGAGGGUUGAAAUAAGAAAAACGAUAAGAAUUAAUAAUUGAUGGCGAGCUGCAGCAGCAGCAGCACACGUAUAAGUGGGUGUACGGAAUUGUGUGUCGGUUUCGUUUAAUUUUACCUGCGACCUUUGUGCUGCUAAGGGAUUCAGACGUGUAUAAUAAUAUACGCUUACGGAAAUUUACAUACGAAAAUACAAAAAUGUUAGUACUUUUUGAAUUAUAACCCAAUGAUACUUACUUUUUGAUUGCCCUACGUGUAAUCGCGCGCCAUCGCCGUUCAAAACUGCCGGCCACGAAAUCUUAUGAAACUCAACGAAAACUAUACGGUGGAGUGUCUUUUUUCGCCAUCAUAUCCCUCACCUCAUUUUUCAUUUCUUACGUGUAUAGUUUUCGUUUAUACAAAAUGUAAACGCCUGCAAUUCACACCACGGACGUCAAGUACUCAUUUUUCCCCAUCAAACGCACUGACAGGCGCGCGGCGCGAAGUCGAAACACGCAAACUUAUUACGAUUGUUAUUAUUAUUAUUACGCUCUUCCUCGUAGAAAACAGUACCCCUCACCUGGUAAAGCAUCAAGGGGAUUUUAUAUGUUUAAAUCUCAGACAUAUUAAUGAAUUAAUGAAUGGACGGCGCUUAAGGGAGAAAAUAGUGAACCAAUAUUAAGAGCGAAAGAGACUGGCACUAUCUCUCUUGAAGAGCAAUCAUGGAAUAAAUCAAUUUCACGGCAUAAUACAAAUAUUAUAAUAUUUCAUCCAUGGUAGACCCUAGUUUCGCUAUCCUUCUCAUUAAAUAUCGUCCACAAACACCAUAUAUGAGUGAUGUGGAAAACGCAUUAUGCUACAGAGGCGUAAUUACGGGGGGAGGGAGGGAUUUUGGUGUCCCCCCGAGAAUUUUAUUUUUAAAAACUGAAAAACUACCAUUUAUGUAUUUAUUUAUUUACAAAUAUUAUUAUAUUAUAUAGUAUAUAUUUUAUAGAAAUAAUACAAAAAUCUCCGAAUACCACAUGCUAGCUUAUAACAACUUCUAAUAGUUAAAAUCAUAGCAAAAUUAUUGCUAGGUUUAUAUAAACAAGCGUAUACUUAACUGAUAAAACGUCUAUCAUACCUAGUUAUUUAAAGCUACAGGGUACUUUACUAUAGACGUAACCUAAUAAUAUAUAAUUUGACGAAUGUAAUUCGAAAACCAACGAAUAUCUCAUACAUAACUUAAAAGUUCAAAUCGAUAUGUAUAUAUUAUUAUACAUUACCUAUAUGGUUAAUAAAAACAAAAACAAAUCGCUGUAUCCUGUAAUAUUAUCACACUCGACUCGGAUAUAAUAUGUUUUAAAAUCCGAGAUCACUUUUCAAAAUAUAUAACGCAACGCUACUGAUGCAAUAAUACACCUAACGUAAAAUAUAUUUACCCGAGUUUUCUUAACACGAUAUUUUUUCAUUUCAGAGCUCCGGGCGGCGGUAUGUUCGGUGACGUAAACAUUUCGGCGAUACUCGAUUCGUUCAGUUCGAGCUACGACAAAAGAGUAAGACCAAACUAUGGAGGUGAGUGUAUACCUCCAUCACGUCAUCAUAAUAUAAUACAAUUUUCACAAAUAAAAAUGUUUCAUUUAUAUUAUUUAAGAACUAUAUUACACCUUUUAAAAAGUAGGGACACCCAAUGGCGGAUCUGAAGCUUAUUUAGAAAGUGAGGGGGAGGAGUAAUAAACCGGUAUUAAAGGUAUUGUUAACGAAUUUCAGGAAAGUGAGUCUAAAAAUAUCCGUUAGGGCGUUGCACAUAUUGUACGCGAAUGCAUUGGUACGUUCCGAUAUUUUUAUCUUAUUUUUAAACGGGAUACAAGUGUACGGAAUAUCGCAAUAAAAAAAUGCUUAUACCUCGCUUCAAAAUUUAAACAUUAGAAAAAACCGACAUGCGCAAUACGCAAACACAUCGCCUAAUGUUCUCCCCUUUAAGUUUAAUAAGUAAAUUCGGUCUGAUAUCAAAACUGCCCGAAAUUGGUACUGUCGUACGAAAAUUCGCUGUGUCGUGCGUUUAUAAGAAGACGACGGAGACGGAAACGACACAAUAUAUCCCUCUUAAUACAAAUGCUCCAUUUGUUCAUUCAAACGUACAGCACUGGACUCACCUCCCAUCUGGUUACGGCCUCGGACACCUAUAUAAUUCAAGUAACAAUUUAAAGGGACGGGGAUGAUGAUCUCUACAUCAUUCCCCCUCUCCUUUAAAUCCGCCAUUGCGAGUCAACCUACGCCGUGUAUACACGAACAGUGAUUAUAUAUAAUACAUUCGCGAGGUUAACAUAACUCGCUGAGUGCCAUAUAAGACCCUAAUGUUGGUCACUCGCUCGCGACCUUCGACCAAAGCGUCACGGGGUUUUCGCCACGGGUUUACUUUGGUAAUAACCGAUAGGAAAAAAAUUACUGUCCAAAUAAUUCGGAAUUUUAAGAAAUCGACGACUAAAUGAAAGGUUAAUAUUAUAUUCCGUCGCUACAAAUAUUUAUCGAAACUGAGUGGCGAAAAUACUUCGCGUAGCGUUCGAACCGGACGACGAAAAUGGAAAAAAUACCUAAUACAACGAUCGAAAAUCGUCUUUUAAAAUAUCGAUGGUGAUACGGCGAAAAGGUCUAGGCGACACGGCUGGAUGGAGAAUUACGUGUUUCGUCCAUUUCGCGCGUACCGUUAUUUAACGAACAAUUUGAAUUUUAAGUUUAAAAACAACAUUUUUUAUUUUUUCUUCUCAAUUAUAGGGUCUUAACGACAAUAAAAGCUAAUCUACAAUGUGUAUUCAUAAUAUUUAAAUCAAACGCCCGACCGCAUUAUAACAAGAUACGCUGUGCGUAACCUUUUUUUUUUUUUUAUUCGUUUUCCCGCGGGGUUUGCUGUAACGCAAUACGAGAUAUCAUCGGUUCUGGCACGGGCGCGGACCGAGGGCGACCGUUGUCGCGCGGAACUCGCCGGGCGGUCAGCGUGAUACGGGGACGAAUUCGCGAAAAGACCGCGCGGAAAACGGCGCGCGCGCAAAAUGGCCGCGGCGGACCGACGGCGGGCGGCCGUAUAUUUGCGGGAGAAAAAAAAAAAACCCGUUGUAACGUAUUUGCGUACGGUGCCUGCGCGACUGUUUGCGGCCGGUCGGCGUGUGCCGUCCGAGCGUAAAUACAGCGGGCGCGCGUCUGGACGCGUAUUCGACGGCGGCGGCUCGCGCGAUUACAAUAAUAUGACGACGACGACGACGACGCGCGCGUCGUACCACGACGCGCGUACACACGCCAACGCCGCGUGGACGAGCCGCGCGUGUGCCACCGCCGCCGCGCGCGCGUGUGUGCGGGCGUAUUAUAAACUCGGUCCCACAUCAUCUUUGCGCCCCGGCUAAAUCGAUUUGACCUGUAGCGCCCGCCGCCGACGCCGCCACUCUGUCCGCGGGUGCCCCGUCGCCGUCAUUUAUAUCGUACAUUACGUGUACACGCGCCUUUCGGUUUCGGCCGGUUCGCGGAUUCUGCCGUUUCGAUUAUUUUGUGUUCGUUUUCGUUCUUUUUGCCUCCCCAUUGUGUUCCGGACCGGCCGCCAAUGCCGGUCCGCGAUCCGCCCGUUCCACGGCGGGCCCGCGUGUCCUUUCGGGCGACGACGAGAUCAGAAAAACGACAACAACAACAACACGUUAUAACAAUAAUAAUAACCAAUAAUAGCGCGAGUAUACGUGAUAACAGGUGUACAGUAUGCACACACCCCGUACAGUUAUAUACUGUGCGUGCUGCACAUUACUAUCUUUACGUCCGUGAGAAUUCGAAAGAAAACAAAUUCCGCGACGCGGCUCCUGUAUAAGGCACCCCGCAUAUUAUAGCGUAUACGGUCCAUGAAUAAUGAUAUCGCGUCGUACGAUCGUCGAACGCCACUACGAAAAUGUCCUGUGUCUCCGUCCUUUGUCCCGCUCUCUGUUUCUAUACUUCUCUCGGCUCUCGUCCUUCCCGCGACCCCGUUUUUCUCGGCGGUUCGCCAUUGUUUUCGUUUGUCCAACUUCCCCUACCAGUGGCGCGACCCUUGUUCAACGACACGGGUUUUCCUCUCCGCGCCCCCGACAGUUUCAAAUAGUUCCCGGGUACGUCACUGCCUCGCGCACAUCAGUGGCUGUCUAUUUUCGUACGAGCUAACACACGAGUAACACCCCGGGUAAUUUUGUCCCGUAUAACAAAAUUGUAUUAUGAUUCUCUAAACCUGCGCAUAUUUCAGCUACCGCGACAAGAACCGAAAAUCGCUCUUACCGUGCAUAGUAUUAUGAUUCAAUUAUAAUUCACCGUCCACGAUGUAACGCGUUACACACAUUUAAGCCACGCAAUACAUUACCGACCUGGUGUAAUAAAUUUGCUCUGCGAUGAAUUGUAGGUUUUAUUAUGAGUGACGCGUGGCGAAAAAAAAAACAAAAAAUGCUUGCUUGAUGCCUAUACUAAUAUAGAAGAUUUUUAAAAUAUCUUUGAAUUGUGCCAAUUUAUAAAAAUCAAAGACUUGAAAUCAUUAACGUGACAAAAAGCGAACUGCCACGGGUUAAACGGUUUUUAGAAAUAUCGAAUAAUUCAAAAUCGGCUUUUUGACACUCGGCACGUUGAUUUCGAGUCGUCGAGUAUACCAAGGUAACAGUGUUCGUUGUUAUUGCUAGGUUUAAUGAUAAAGAUAUUGUCAAUAUUGAUAACGCAAUUCGUUUUCUAUAGAGACGAAAAUUAUAAAUUUAAUUCAUACACCUACCUAAUGUAAAAAAAAAAAAAAGUUUGCACAGUUAAUGAAAAAUAAAAAAAAAAUAACCCCUACCAACUAUUGGUAUUAUACGAAAACUAAAUUGAGGCGAUUAGUGCCCACGCCAUGAUUUUCUUAUCAGUCUGUUAUCAGUAAUGAUUGGACAAUUUGGUUCCCUACAAUUUAAUAGCGCAAUUAAAAAACACACAUCAUAUUUUUUUUUUUUUUUAAUUGUAAUUGACAUUUGUUUUUGUAUUAAAACAUCAGUAUUUACAAAAUAAGAUUUCACCAUUAUGAAAUAAGAGCUAUUCGAAUGAGGUUUUUACUGUUUUUAGAACCAAAAUAAAUGUAAAAACUUAAAAUGUAGAACGUAAGAAUUAUUUUAAAUUUACUUUACAUAGCAUUUAUUUGUGUAUUUUUAUUUGAUUGGAUUUAAUCACACUUAUUAAGGAUUGUUAACGCAUUAUGUGACGUCGCACCAAUCGCCUCUAUUCUUCCCCCACGCAAACGAUGGUUAACCAACUACAAAUCGUCGAUUAUACCUGAAAAUAUCUGAUGAGAUGUACUUUUUACAAAUAUAAAGAGUAUUAUUUUUAACCUUGUUGACAAUGUUUAGCCUUAAUGAUACAUAUGUUUUAUUCCUACCGAUUGGGAACGUUUUUCAGAACUUUGAGCCUAUAAUUUAUUGUUAAACACUUUACACUUUUAGACACAAACGUUGGAUCAUAUAACGAUUCGUUCACUGUACCAAUAUUAUAUAUUACUUACCCAAGUAAAAUAAUUAAAUCAUGCAAUAAUUAUUGUGAUUAAAAUCUUAAACAAUCAAUGAUAAAACGAUGAAUAUAAUGUAUACAGAUUGGAUAAAGUAUUGUAUUUAUUUAUGAAAUACAAGCGAUUCACAACACUAAGAAAAAUACACAAAUACAUUCUUAUUCUUUUUUAAAAAAUCUCUUUUUUACUAAAUUAAUUGGUUGUCGUUCAAUACGUUUUACUUACCGUUUAUUUUUCGAUGCACUAUGUUUCCUACUAUUGUUCGUUGUUAAACAUUGUUUUACCUCGUAUUAACAACACGUAUUUUUGACAUCUCCCACUCUUUCUAAAAGUUUAAAAAGUAUUUAUUGUGUUUAUUGAUUACUUUUGAUAUCUACACUUACGGCAUUGGAGACACUUUUCCCAUUUAUUGUUUUUUAUUGUGCAUAUUUCCUGAUUGCCAUCACAUGAUAUUUCGUUUCUUAUUUUCGCACACCUUAUUUCUAAAGGAAAAAGUCAACUUUGUUUUAAAAAUUCCGUACACAAUAAGUGUGAUGGUUAUAAAUAAUACAUAUAAUACAUAUAAUGUGACGGUAUAAUUUUUACCACAAAGUAAAAAAACAAAAUCUAUAUUUGCAAUAAUCAUUGAGUACAAUAUUAUAUUAUUAAAAUUCACAUUUCGCACUAAACACGCAUUUUCCUGAAUUACAAACUAAAAUGAAACUAUUUGUUAUCUACCUAUAUAAGUACAGGCCACGAUAUAGACAUCUAGGUGUGAAGUAUUAUUUUUAAACAGAUUAUAUUUAUUUGAUUCGUAAUCAGUUAAGAGAAGGUAAAGCAUACGUUAUAUUAGGUUAGGUUAUGGUACAAUAGUUGUAUCAACAUAUCGGUAGUUAUAAUAGGUAACCUAUUAUAACAUAGCAGUCUUUCAAUAUUAUAAACUAUUUGACAGGUAUCCGAAAAUUUCGCUACAUUACUGAAUGUACAAUUAUAAAUAAAUUUGCUCAAUGUUCAUACACAAUUGUGUACGAGAUGAUUUGAUUAAAAUUGAAGGUGUACAUUAUGAUAUAAUAUAAUAUAAUAUUACAUCCGUUUUUCGAUCGUAGUAUAUUGUUUCGCAACAAAAUAUUGUGUCGAAUUGCGUAUACUGUGGCUUUUAAUCAAAAAAAAAAAAAAAAAAUGAACACACACAUUUUUCUGACUUUUCUUUAAAUUCGAAAAUAAACCCAACAAAGAGUGUUUAUAAAGUUUUUUUUUUAUAUAUAUACACAUUACAUAUGUCGAAUACCGUAUAUUUAUUUGCAAGAAUACAUAAUUCACUAUUAUUUUUUUUUUAAGAUUCUCGUAAACGUAUAAUUUUCAAAAGAACACCGCAGUGUCUGUAUACAAAAACUUCUUAAGGAAUACCUAUUAAUUUAACUUAACCCUCGGCGAAUAAUAAAACUAUACAUUUAUUAUCGAUUAUGUAUUUCUAUACGAAUACAUCAUUGGCGGUCUAUAAUGUACUUGCACAAAAUGAAAAUGUCGUACAAAGUUUUCCGUUGGUUAAGGAAAAAUAUGAUCAAAUUUUUGAUAGUUUUCACGGUGUUGUUGUGAUUGUUAUACGAUCAGAUUAUAAUAUAGGUUUAUCGUUUAAAGUUAAAAAACACUAUAAUAGAAAGGAGGGCUAUAAAGGAAGGAAGGAAGGAAGGAAAUGAAGUUAUUUCAAUAGUCGUUCGAAUACGCGCAAUAAGUACCUACUUACGAAAAUGGUUUGUUCGACAGUAAAAAUUCACAAUUACUUAAUAAGACGACGGGCGGAUUUAUACGGUUAAAAUACAAAUGUAUGAAUAACGCGUCGAGGGAACGUUAGAAGAAAAAAAAAUGUAUGAUUAUAUUCACACAUCAGUGACAUAUUAUUUACUUGGGCGUCCUAGGGGUUGAAAUCGCAAUUUCGAUGAAGGUAUAUGCGAGAGUGAAAAACAUCACGAGUUUAUGUUCAAUGUAGGGGAGAGCAUUUUCAGGAUACAAUACCCCUCCCUUUCUCACCCCAAACAAAAAUAUCCAAAGUACACCACUGAACAAUAAUAUAGAUGAAUAUAUUUUAUCGUGUAGUAUACAUACUAUAUCAUAACAUACUCAAUAUCAUACUUUUACUCGAGUGUCAAUAUACCCGUAAGUACUUAAUGUAACACAAUCUUAAUUUAAUGUCUUAUUUAAAACAAACAAAUCGACUAUGGGGUAGUAAUACGAGUAGGUACAUAUUAUAAAUAAUUUUUCAUGUUUCAUCAUACUAUUGGGUAUUGCAGUCGUUGUGUGCAACACAUCAUAUAUUUUAAAAUAAUAAAAAUAAACAUAAAAAAAAAUAUGUCUACAUAUUAUUUUGUUUUAAUGUACCGAAUUUCAGGUACGCCAAUUGACGUCGGUGUCACCAUGUACGUGCUGAGCAUCAGCUCUUUGUCAGAAGUCAAAAUGGUACACACAAAAAAUAUUAACACAAAUGCAAAACGAAUUUUUUUUUUUUUUUUGGUUUUAACAUUUUUUUUUUUUUAAAUCUUCCGCCUAAUAAUUACAUUUUUUUUACGCGUCAUUCUGUAUAGAAAAUCAAGUAGUGUCUAUAAUAAAUGUCUUAAAAAUAUGUGAGAUGCGUGUUUUUUAAUAAGAUAUUAUAUAAUAUAAUAAUAAAUAUAUAUAUAUAUAUAUAUAUAAAAAAAUAUAUAUUCUUUAUGCGAUUGCGAACUUCUUUCCGCUUUGUAUUAUACAUAUUAUUAUAUAUUUUCCGCUAUAGAAGCACGCUGUAGAAUCGUCGAGCAUUAAAAAUAGAGACAUAUUAUAUUAUAUAAGUAAAAAAUAACAGAAAAAAUAUCAUAUUCAAGUAUAAAUUUCGAAUAAAUAAAUCUAGAAACGUUACAUUCGACUAAUGUCACAUUAUUUGCUUUUUAAUGAAUUUAUUUUGUUUUUUAUUAUUAUUAUUCAUCUAUUUUGCUUUAACGAAUAAUUUAAAUUUCACCAUCGAUUUACGUAUACAUUUAAGUAGAUCAAUAACUUACGAAUAUACCUAGAAAUAAAUAUAUAUAUAUAUAUAUAUAUAUAUUUAUAUAUAUAUAUAUAUAUAUAUAUAUAUGUAUAUUUUUUUUUUUUUUUGUUUAGUGUAUACAUAUUAUAAAUUUUAUUAAAACAAUACGAAGUUUACUACAUAUAAAACAUUACAUGAAAUAAACACAAAACUAUAGGCUCGUGAAAAUUCAUCAAUAUCGCAGUAUAAAUAAAAACCAGUUUUAGCCUAUUUAACACUGUAGCUGUGUCAUUUGUUGUGUAUGAAAUUUGUUUAAUAGCGUCUUAAUAUCCAUCACGCAUAAUCACGUAAAUAACGUUAAAACGGUAUCUUUGUAAUAUAUUAAUGUUCGUAUAUACAGAUUAUAAUCGGCUUAAAAACGUAACGGAAAAUAUUUUAACGUGUAUACGAAUUUCCCGUGUAGUUUGAAUUUACGUUUUUGCAUUUUUAUUAUAUUCACUACAUUGUAACUGCAGAAUAGUAUUACAGUAUACGUAUAAGUUCGUGUACGCACUUAUUGAAAAUAAGAAUGUUAAUAUCACUACGGCCUAACUCGGGGGAAAAAAAAUGUAUAGGUAUACGUGUACUUUUAUUUUUUCUUACAUAUUAUAUUAUAUUAGUGUAGGUUAUCACGAAUAAACAAAAUAGUAGUUAGGUACAUAAUAUGAUAUCGCGUGAUCGCGUGCGAAUAAAUUGUCCCGGCGGCGGUGGGCGGAGAUAGUGGCAAUUUCAAACGCACAAAUAAAAACGCCAAGGUAUUUAAUUCUAGCAGCCCUCACCACUGCACGUGCCGUAUAGGUAAACCGUGUCUGGCACACGCUAUGCCUUGAUAUCCCACCCCCCAAAAAUAAAAAAUAAAAAAACAUUACAGGUGUCAGGUCAACGACAAAACGUAAAAAAUAAAAUAAAUAAAUAAAAAUAAUAAAAAAAAAACUUUCGCAACAAUUGCUCCAUUAUUUCGUACAUGCAAUUUGAAUGCUUUAGCGUGUAAAAGCGAUCAUAAACUUUGAUUCUUUUUAUUUUAAUAUAUGGAAUUGUCACUUUUGACGUUUGAAGUGCAUAAAUAAACUGCGUACAAUAAUAAUAAUACAGCAUAUAAAGCGAUCAUUCCAAUCAUAACAAUAGUAUGUUAAAAACUUUCUGUAUUUUUCUCGAAUUACAUAAUUUUACCGGGAAUGUAUUUCGUACAAAACGAUGCAUAGCAUAUAUACGUGGCCUGCGGUGUAAUAGAAUCCGACAUUUCUGAGGUGAAUUCUUAAAAAUAAAAACCGGCACAAUAUAUACUUCCCUGUUUCCCUGUUUUAAACCUCUAUUCAUUUUUCCUAUGCAGGUAAAUAUAACAAAGCUAAGAUUUUUGAACAUCGUCAUCUAACACUUGAAAAUCUCAAGGCUAUUCGUGAUAAUAUUACUAGGAUUCCUCGAGAUAUGCUGAAGAGAGACAAGUAUAUUAGCAAACUUCCGAAAACUUUUUUAUAUUACCAUCGACCGACAAGGCCAACAUUUUGAAAAUACCAUAUUUCUGAAAAUUUGACUAGAAAAAACUAGAAAACUAGAAAAAAUAUACAAACUUUUUUACUAUUAUCUUGUAUAAUUACCGUUAUUUUAGAUUCUGAGUAGAGCAAAGAAGCUUAUGGUUUUACAAAGAUGUUUUGUUUUUUUUUUUUUUUUUUUUUGUAAGCACUUUUCUACCAGAAGAUUUCCGCGGAUUUCCAAGUUUCUAAGUAUAGCAUCUUUUCUGAAAGGAAACCGGUGUGAGAAGGUACUCUAAGGAAGUCAUUUAUCGAUUUUCUUAAGAGUUUUCUCAUAAAAUUUUAAAACCGAAAAAAAAUGGGAAAAUAUGCGAAAUAUAUUACUAACAUAUUACUAUUUUAUUUUCUUGUGCACAACUUUUUUACCAACAAUUUUGCUCCAAUUUAUAAUAAUACCAAUGUGUAUAAAAGGAAAUUUCACUAGGGAGGUGGUAGAGAGGCUAUUUUUCGAUUUUCUCAAGAGUUUUCCCUGAAAAUGUGAACAACCGGGAAAACGUAGACAAAUUGUGAAAAUCGGUACAACAUUAAGAAAAUAUAUUAAGUCUAUUUAAAUUAUUUUACUAUAAAAUGAUAUAUAUUCUUGACAAAGUAUCAUUAUUAACUGAACUCCGCUCAGAAUCGUUUUUUCAUAAGCAAUGAUUUAUUGUAACUUACGGGUAUACAUUAAAUUAUCUCUAACAGUGGCUGCAUUCGUCCCCAUUAUCCUAGGAUGCCUUUUUCGAAUUAACUUCAGAGAUUUUGGAGUUCAUUAAGUCUAAAACUAUAUUAUUAGUAAAUAGGUAUGUAAUAUUAUUUAUUUUAUUUUUGUUUUGUUAGUUUUAAAUCCUAUUCAUUUCUUAAAUAUAUGUCCCGCAUCCAAUAUAAUACUUUAAUAAAUUAUAUACCGAAUAAAACAUUAAAUUUCCAAACAACGAACCGCAUUUUUUGCAUUACAAAUUGUCAGACAGUACCUAUUGAUUAAGAGAUAUGUAUCAACGAAUCAGUAGUAAAUGGAAUUAAUUUAACCGUUCCGAAACAUUUUCAUUUAGUCCAAUAUUAUACUAUUUUCAUCUAGUUAGUUAGUGUAAAACCUAGCCAACAGUAUAUCAACAUCAACGCAUUAGUAUAAAGAAAUCUACCUAUUAUUAAAAAAAAAAAUAAAAUAAAAAUACAACGCUUUUUGUUAGUGUAGGGUUUUUGAAGCACGCCAGUAGUAGUCCUUUGGAGUCAUUAUUAUAUUGUUAUUUUUUUAUAAAUUACUAGUCUUAUUUAUUUUUUAUUUUUCUGUAUAUCUUACACUACAAUACUUGUCCCCUCCGGAAUAAAACAUACAUAAUAUAUUCUAUUAUAAAGACUACGAAAGAAAGAGAAACUUGUUAUGUAAUGCAUAUUAUUAUUAUAUUCGUAGCUACAUAAAGCUUUUGUAUAUUUUAGGUCUAUACAGUGUACAUAGUACAUUUUAACAAUAUUAUCAAUUAUCAUUUUUAUAUAUUAUCACACAAUGUCUCGUUUGAUUAUCAUGCGAUAAAUCAUAAUACAUAAUUAUUAGUAUUUAGUAUAUUAUACUAUAGAUAAUUAUGUAUAAAAUGACUAUAGAUAGCUCAUUGUAUAAUUGAGUCCAACAAGAUAUAUUAAAUAUAUUAUAACAUAGGUAUUAAGAUGGCAAACUUUUCUUAAAUUACCUAAUUCGUGAAAUAUUUGUUUAUGCCAUGGAUUUACGAUAGAUGAUAAAAAAAAAAUGCCAUUUGUGAUUGAUUAGUGCCUACAACAAUGCUCUUCUUAUCAAUUUAUUAUCAGAAAUAAUUGGAUCAUUUGGUUCCAAACAAUUUAACAGUCAUAUUAAAAAUACAAAUUAUAUUUUUUUUAACGCUUAUAUUUUAUACAAAUAUGAGUAAUUACAAAUUAGAUUUUCACUAUUAUUAAAUAAGUGUUCCUCAAAUAAGGUUUCUAGCAAAAAAAUUUGUAUCUUGGUACUUAAAAUGCUGAAUAUAAAAAUCUUAAAGUUACUAAACAUUGCAUACAUAUGCAAAUUUCUAUUUGUUUGGUUCCAAUCAUAUUUUAUAAGGAUUGAUAUAUAAACCAUAAACAAAUAUUUCCCACCGAGUUUAUCGAUAAAAUGUUCUCUCUUUGUACAUGGCCGGUGCUGAAUUUCAGAUUUACACGUAUAAAGUCAGCUAUCUAUAGUCGUUUUAUAAAAUAUACUUGAUAUUAUAUUAUAAUAAAUAUUAGAAAAAAACAACCGUGUUUUGUAUGCGUAGUACCCAUUUGUUCAACUAGAUCACGGUCGUACUUUCAAGACGAUGAUAAUAUUAUACCAUUGUCGUUACACGUACCUAUAUACUAUACGUGCGGUAGGUAUUCUCUAAAAGGGAAAACAUAUCGCUAGCGAACGACACUGUUAUAUUAUUAUUACGUUAUGAUAAUAUUAUGGAUUUGCGGUAUAAUAAACAUAAAAUUAAAGCACUCCCGACAACGGCGCCGAGACAAAAGAAAAAAAAAGUGCACGUACCUAAACCGUAAGUGCUUUUUUUUUUUUUAUCGUACGUAUAGGUAUAAUAUUUCUGGUUCGCGUGCAAAUGUGUGUUUGUGUGCGUGCACCCGGUAUAUCGUAUGUUUGCCGUCCACACCGGGGACAUUGAAUAAUAAUAAUAUAACCGGUAUAUAGGUUUUUUUCCGCGGUAUUAUUAUUUGGACCGUAAACUCCACUCGAUGCCGCAAAGGCUGUGUACCGACUACGUUUGCGUUAUUGCCUACAAUUCGGGUCAGUUCUGCCGGAAAAAAGAUAGAUUUAUUUGUGUUUUACUUUUUCGCCCCGAAUUUUUUUUUCUUUUUAUUGGUCGCGUUUGUUUUUAUCCCUACGACGAAAACUAUCGCCAAACCGACCGUGCAUUCGAAGUUUAUAUUCAUUAGAACGAAUGAAAACUACUUCACACUGUACAUGUUCGUUUUGGCUACUUGAUAAACUAUUAUUGAAACUAUAAAGUUCAAAUCACCCGGUAUAUAUGUGUUUUUAAAUAACAAUACAUAUAUAUCUACUUCUUCUUAUCUUCGAUCAUACGAUUGAUUUGCUACAUAUUUCCAUCGUACUUCUAUGUCGUCUCUUAUAAUUCUUUAAAUCUUUGCGCAACUAUCAUAUUAUUAUACUUAUGUGUUUUAUAUGUGCACCGUUUUUGGUCCACAUCUUCCAAUAAGGCCCUUUUCAACGUCCACUUCUUUAUGUUUUAUUUUAGACUGUAUUCGUGACGCAUUAUAGAUAGACUAAUAACUCUGUCCAUUCUGAUUAUUAUACUACGUACACUUUCUGUCCGUUGAACUUUUAAAAGGACAUGCAUCGUCCAUAAUCCUUCAAAACUGGUUUACAUGGGAAAAAAACUAGUCAGGCUAUAGUCUUAAUCAAAUUUCCAUCAUAGAAAAAAAAGAACUUACAUUGUGCAGCAUUCGUUUUAUUUUUUCGAUAUUACAAAUGUAAAACAACUUAUUAUUGUUUUGAACUCUGAUGGUUUUAACAUUUUCAAACUCGAAUCAAUUUUUUCGCAAUUGUAAUAUCGAAUAAUUAAAAUAAACGUUACAUAGUGAAAUUUCUAUCUGUUUUUAGGUGACCAUUUGGUUUUUAAACAAGUUCACAGCUCGAAUAGUUUUAGCCCUCGAGAAACUAUUUUUUGUAAACGUGUUUUGUUAAUAUUUCAAAUAUUUAAAUAUAUUAUAAUUGUAAAAACGAAACUGGGAUACUUUUAAAUGUAUUUAAAGGUAUGUUUAAGUAUAUAUUAUUUGAGUUAAUAAAAUUGUCUAUAUACCUACGCAACCCCUUAAAUACGGGUGGUGGUGACACGAUCAAAUAAAACAUUUUUCAAUAUCACUGCAUAAUAUCAAAAGUUUCUUGUUCGGUAGGUACCUAUACAAUAAUAUUAUACUAUACGAAUAUAAUUAUUGUAUAUUAUUUCGUUUGUCGAAAACGGUUCGAUAACAUCAUCGCUGUCGAUAAAUCAAACGACAACUUUUACUGCUGCAGUGUUACAAAGGGAGACAAAUCGCUCAUUGGCGCCUUAAUUACUACGGAAUUGGGUCACGGAACGACACGCAACCAUCAACGGAUUUCCUUCCACCCCAAUUACGCGUUACAUUGUAAUAAUUACGUUUUUCAAUUAAACUACGCACGCACCAUUAAAACGUUAGCUAUAUUAUUAUAUUCGAUUGCUCAUUAAAAGGCACAAAGCCCACACUCAUAGGUGCAUAAAAAAAAAAAAUAUUAUAAAUAUAACAGUUGACUUUUCUAACUCUCGUAAAUCAGUUUUAAUAUUUUUUUUUUAAAUAAUAUGCCUAAUAAUUUAUAGCGACUAUGAGAAAUUUAAUUCUGAAUUUGUUACUCAUAGCAUAUUAUAACAUAAUACGGCUGUGAUUUAUGAAUAUUAAUUUUUUCUAAACAAUAUUUAUUUUUUUUCACGGAGAAUUUUAAUUAAACAUGCCCGCGAUAAACUUUAUUAUGACGCGCGUCACGUUGUAUACCUUUGCUCGAAAGGUCACUCAAAUUAAAUUAUUAACCAUGUACAGCAGGUAUGCGUAUAAUCAGAUAUUAAAACACUAUCGUAUACAAUAUAAUAAUUAAAAUAUUGGCCAGUCACAAUAAUAAAACUAUAGACACCUAUUCGAUUUGUUAUGUGUGAAUAAAUAUUGUUAAUAUUUUGGUCGAAUUUUCACUGGAAAUCGAGAUGAUCGCACUAUAUUGUAUCUAUUAAAUAUAAUAUAUCUAUUGUAUGUAACGUGGAUAUUUGACAACUUAAAUAAAUUUUGUUUAAUAUUUUUAAAUUAUUUUUCUCGUAAUAAUUACUGGAGCCUUAAACUAGGACUCUUUAUUUUAUAUAUUUUUUUAAAUAAUAAUAAAGAUUUAAAUGUUAAAGUAACCAUUAAAAAAUAUGUAUUAUAUACAUGGGAAAAAACCUCGAAAACAGAACAAAAGUUAUUUCAAGUCUUCGCGUCUUUUUCUUGCUACGUUUAAACACUUAGUGGCUUCCUCUGGACUAAAUGAGCUCGAAUUCAUUGACUCAAACUCGGGGAUUAGAGUUGUUUUUAGACAGAUUGAAGUAAUACAAUUUUGGUUGGAUUUAAAUAUGAAUUUCGCUAUGCUGUCGCGAGAAUGGUGGUUUUUUUAAAUUGUGUACACCCCUAUAGUCUCCUCAAAUAAAUCCUGAGGGACACAAUUUUAUGCAUUCAUGGUGCAUGAUGUAUCAAGGAUGUGCCUUUUGGAGAUUUAAACGUUUAACCCCAACUAUUGUAAUUUGUUUCAAAUAUCUUCUCACCUAUUUUGUAUUAUAUUUAUUAUUUUUUAAAGAAUUAAAUUAAUAUAAUACAAAAUAAGUGAGAAGAUAUUUGAAACAAGUUUCAACGAUGUUUCAUGUUUUUGGGACUUUUUAAGUCUCAAUUUUAUAUUAUCUGCAGUGCAUUAGUCAGUUAAAAAAAAAUUAUUGUUUUUUUGGACGCGAGAUAUCAUCGGCACACACACACGCGUGUUGUUUCCGAACAUUUUAGGUUAAUUUACAUUUCUACUGGCAACUGAUCUGUAUAAUCUGUAUAUACAAGCAAGGGCGCCCACAGAAUUAUAAACCCGGGAGAGGGGGUAAAGUCAAACGUAUAUAAUUUAUUUUACAACUCACAACUUAUAAGUAAUCAUGACUUAAAUAUUUAAGCAAGUAAUAAAACAAUUAAUAUUUAAUAUUAAUUGAAAUAGCGAGGGCCAUGGCCCCUACCGGCCCUCACUUGUGGGCGUUUUGGUGUACAAGGCAUUGCCAUAUGCGUACGGAGAAUAUAUUUAUUGGUUAUAUGAUUAGAAAAUGAAGGCACCAAAAUGUUAUCAAAUAUAAUAUAAUUUAGCUCCAUUAUAUCAAAUCAUUGUAGAUUAUAUUUUUUAUUUUGAAUUAAAUUAAUAGCGAAAUAUGUAGUUUUUGAUGUGAAAUCGCCACGUGUUGGUAUGAAGGAAAAAUAAAUCGAUAACCUAUAAGUCGAUUUAAAUUUAUCAGUCACUUCUGUACAGCCAUCUGUUGGCGUUUAAGUAAACGUUCGAGAUAAUAAUAAAACCGGGAAACCUGCCGCGUUUUAUCGAUUAGAAUACACGAAAAAUACCAAAGUCUGUUCAUUCUUAUCGUGAAACGCCCUGUAUAUUGUAUAUUAUUUACUUUUGUCAAGCGAGUCUAUAUAUGCAAUGCAACAAACCAUAAUGGUUUUGCAUUAUUGAAUGCGUAUCGUGUUUUGGUAUUCAUGGGGUUCCGCGCGCCGGUGUGUCUAAUGCCGCGGACGUCGGUGUGAACGCAAGUGCAAAUCCGACAUGUAAAAUGUAAAACCUUACACCCUUUGAAUACGUUAUCAGAGGACGUUCAUAAUUUUAAUCUAAUUCGGCUGUGGUAGGUGGGCAGCAGAGAGUAGCAGUAGAAGUAUAGAACGUAUAUAAAAGAACCUGCAGAUAGGUAGGUCAGCAGCGCAUUAUGUAAUAAUAUGUACAGGGUGUAGUAUUUGAAAAUUGCCUCUAUUAGUCGCAAUUAUACGUAGAAAAUUGUCAAACCCCACAGAUACAUUCUGCAAAAAUACCUAUUAUAAAAGUGUAUUAUUUAUCCGCUUCCUCGUUGUCGCGGCUGUACCGAAGAAACGUGACUGCAGUUUUAGGAGAUAGGUUUAUUCGGUCGGUGUUUACUGCAGUUUUAUUUUUUUCUCGUGCGUUUUUUCGCUCGCAAAUUGCGCGUAACCUCGAACGAGAACACAUUCCGUAAUACAGAGUCGACAGCCGCGAAACUUUAAUCUUUUGUACUAUUUUUUUUUUUUUACGGUCGUUUAGGAUGUUCUCGUAAACGACAUAAAAACCCCGUAUGUACGUAUGUAUGUAUGUAUGUAUGUAUGUAUGUAUGUAUGUAUGUAUGUAUGUAUAUAUGUAUGUAUGUGUGUGUGUGUGUGUGUGUGUGUGUGUGUCUGUGUAAAUUAACCGUCGUCGUCGGAUAAUAUAUAAUAUAUAGGUAGGAUAGUGUGUGUGUGUGUGUGUGUGUGUGUGUGUGUGUGUGUGUAUAAAACAUUAAUCAAUGUUUUCACGCGCGGGUUUCUCGGCGUGAACAACAAAUAGGAAGCUGUUAGUUACUGUCGACGACGACGACGCCGCGGCACGAUAAUAGUACAGAAAUUAAUUCCUCGGCUCGCCUAUUUCGCUAAUUCCGGUUUUUAUGGCCCGCCGUCGUCGUCGUGUAUGGUAUAGGGUAAAAUAUAGAGCCCCGUUCGAAAGAUUUUACUUUCGUAUCUGCGCGGCGACAACGACGACGACGACCAACCACCCCGGUGCAGUGUUAUAUAGUGCGGUGUGUAUGGUAACGGUGACCCAGAAAAACGUCGUCAUAUAAUACAGAACGUAUAAUAAUUUAUACGCCACACACGAUUUAUAACGCACCACUGUAUAUACAUGUAUAAUACGUUAUUACUAUAAUGCUGUAUCGUAGUGUAUAUUAUAUACGACUCGUGUAUAGAUGGGUUACCCUGGCACCCCAAUAUCAAAAUUUUCCAUUUCUCUUUUUACCAUCAAUUGUACUAUAAUUUGUACCAAUUUGUAUCACCGAGUUCAGAAUGUUCACCUAAAUAAUUCCCGCUGAAAUUGUUUUUUUUCCACGGGGUGCCAGGGUAUUGUUAUCCCAGCACCUAAUAUAGACUUUUUUUAGUAUACAAUCCUUAAAACUAUACAAUCUUAAUAUUUAGGUACAAAUUCUGAACUCAGUGGUACAAAUUGGUACAAAUUAUAGUACAGUUAAUGGUACAAAGAAUAAUGAAAAAUUUUGAUAUUGGCGUGCCAGGGUAACUCACCUCUCGUGUAUAGUAUAUAUCGAAGAAAACCAGCUCUUCGAACGUAUAAACAUCACAUCCACGUUGGUAUUAUUAUAUAUUAUUAUGUGUAUAAAAUAUAUAUGGUGUGCGUGCGUACGUGUGCGUGGAAUAUAAUAAUAUUUGUGACGCGGAGGCGCCGUCGCGACGGGUUCAGAAAAACAUGACCUACAUAUAAUAAUAAUAUUAACAAUAACGUAAGUUCAGUUGCGUAUGCCUAUUUUUUAUACUUAUAUACAUUUAUAUUUACAAGUGCAAGUGCCGCACGCCUCGAAGUUUUCACACUACGGUGACCUUGCAGCUGUGGCGUACAUGGGUAUUUUAUAAAGAGAAGCUCUGCAUUUCACGACCAAAUCAAGUGAGUUGAGGGGCAAGUGUGUAGAAUUAUUAACAUGAUUAGAAUAUUAUAUAAGUUAACGAAAAAGGUGAAGUGUUUUAUACAAUCUUUAAGAUUAUUUUAAAAAUUAUAUUUUCAAACUUUUUUUUUUUUUAAUAAGAAAAAAAUGCAAAAAAAAAAAAAAAAAAAAAAAAAAGGGAAUUUCGUAACUUGCCACAGUCGGGUAUUGAACCCGAAAGAAAUCCUACCUAGUCUAAUUUUAAGCCCUAUCCACUAGACUACCUGCCUAAUUAUUAAGAAGUUGAUUUUAUGACUAUAUAAGUAAAUUUCAAAAUAUUAUAAAUUAUAAUAUACUAUAUAUACAGUGACAUCUCGAAAUUACGGAUUUUUUGGGAACAAGAAAUUUAACUUCCUCUGAAUAGUACACACCAUUUCCAGGGGAAAGAUGCGGAGCGUGCCUCCCUUUUUUUGUUUAUUGGUUAUUUCGGUGUAUUUUAUCGUCAAAAUAUGGUUAAUUAUAAGAUGAUAAGUGCCCCUUCCAAACGGUGUAAGUUGGAAGAAGCAGGCCACUCAUAUAGAAAGCAAGAUUCAAUGGUACAAAGAGUGCUCCAAGAAACCCAAGGAGCUAAGAUGACCAAGGCAACGAUGGGAGGAUGACAUUAAAAAAGAUUUCCUAAAUGCUAUAGGAGGGGAUUAUGGAGACAUGGAUUGGAAGAAAGUAACGGAGAACAGAGAGGAAUAGGGGAGGAUUUGUUUUAUGGCAAGAUGGUCUCAAAGGUUUUUUGAAAAAAAAAAUAUAUAUUCUUUAAAUAUUUCAUUUAUGGUGUUAUAUUAAUAAUAUAUUCACAUUAUUAUUUUAAAAAAAUAUUAAUUUGAUAUACUAACAAUAUUUAUUUAAUAAUGUCAUUUUUUUGAUGAAAAAUGUAUAUCAAUAUAAUAUUAUUAUUACGGAUAUGCUAUCUGGGUUGCAGAUAAUAGUUAUAACACCCAUUUCGUCUGGGCUAUCUUCGGGAUUUUUCGCUAUUUUAUUGCAACUGCUUCUUAUAAAAUAAUCUUCAUGACACCGCUGAUUGACAUUAACCUUUCCGCGGAAGAAAUGUCCGAAUUGACUGCCGUUCGACUACAAAUAGUAAAUAAUAUUCAAUACUUGUAACACAAUGCUAUUCAGUGCUAUAAAUACUAUAAUAAUAUAUUAGUUAUUAUAAUAGCUGUGCUGCUCGUACCAAUUUAAUUUCCAAUUUUUUCCUCUUAUUAACAAACGUUUUCAAAACCUUUUCUUUUUUUGAACACAAGUGCAAUUCGACUUUGGCCAACAAUUACAAUUUAACAUCUCUCUGUGUCACUCUCGCUGUGACAGCGCCAGGGAUGGGCCAUGGUGGGCCGUGGCCCACCCUAAACAUUUUCCUGGCCCCCGGGUAGCCUACCUUGUAUGAUUAUAAAGAAAUUCUGUGUUUUACAUUACACAUCAUAUUUUUAAAUUAUGGUUAAAGUGCCCCCACACUAUAUUUAUCAUAGAAAUCCUUAAAUUUACAAGUAAAAAUACAAAAUUCAUGAAGAUCUUCCAUUUUUCAUAAGUUUAAAAUUUUAGAUAUAUGAGUACUUUCUUGUAAUUUUUUAUAAAACUGUUAGGAUCCCACGAAAAUGUAUUAGAUGAAGUAGCAUCUGGUGGAAAAUCCACAUAUUUUAAGGUGUACGUAGUGUGAAAGUUUUGAAGGAUUAACCGAGAAACUAAAGGUCAUCACGAAAAAAAAAUAGUUUUUUGUAAAACUAAUAUAUUCCUCACUACCAUCAGAACCUAAAAUUAUUUUUUAUAUAAUUUCACACCAAGAACCGUAUGGAAAUAACACAUGUGACAUGGCGUUUGCGAAUAUAAAACCAAUAAUAAUAAUUAUUACACUCUCUCACCACAUGUCUCUAUUUACGAGGAUGAACGUUUUCUGCAGCUCUAAUAUAUCUAUAGGUAUGCGUCGCCGUAUAUAUUAUGUAAAACUAAGAAUCGUUUAGGAAGAAAACUGCCGGUAGCUGGAUAUAUUAAUAAUAUUUAGUCCUUGAACCACCACCAUCACCACCACUACCACCACCACCACCACCGGGUAUAACCGCUUAUAAUUAAAAUUCCCCGUCGCCGUCGCCGAUUCGUGCGUGGAAGCUGCACCGGGUCUGCACCGGUGGAGGUAGUUUUAUCUACGUACAACGGCCCCGACGGACGUGCACCGUUUAUUAAUAACACAAAUUAAUUCAACCGUAAAUAUUAUAUAGAUAUAUUUAUCUGCCCCCACGAUUGAAGAAUCGAUUUUAUAUCCAAUCGCGCGAGCCCUGCGUGUUUAGCGUGUAUAAUAAUAUAUUUCCGUUAAUUAUAACUGUAUUUUCAUUGUAUCUGUGUGUAACGAGUGUAAUACAGAAUUAUACUAAUGAUGAUUAAAGAGUAACGAUAAUUGGAUAACUGUGCGGCCAUUAAUUGUGUUUUUCCCAUAGAUAUAAAAAAUAAUUAGAGACAAUGUAGUCUUAUAGUGGUAUGAAGUCAUCACCUCUAUAUACUUACUAAAAGUGUAAACAUUAUAUUGAUUGAUUCAUGAGGUAAUUCUUUAUGUCAUAAAUUAUUAUGAAAUAAAUAUACAUGUCAGAAAAAGUAUGCGUUUUCUCUAAUCACUGCUAUUGGGGUCAUGGAAGAAACGGUACAAUAACGAUCUGUGCAAAACCAUGAUAGCACAAACCAAUUAUAUUAAAAUCAUUUAUUUUUCAUGAGUUUAUAGUUUAUUUCAAAUUAGGGUUACGUUCCAUGUAUGCAGAAUAAUAAUUUUGCAGACAUGCCUGUUUAUUAUUAGGUGCUAGUUGUUAGUUGGUUAUAUGCAACUAUUUGUUUCAAAUAAAUUUCAUUUUACCAAAUUUUUUAUUUUAUUCAAUAGAAAACGGAUUUUUAUUCGAAACAGCCAAAACCAAUUAAAAAACGAGUACAUAUCUAAAAGUACUCAUGAAUUUACAAGUUAUUUAUGAUAGAUUCAUAUUUAUUGCAAAACUGCAAGUUAUAGCUUGUAUAUUACGAAUAUCUACCAACGUAUCACAUAAUUCAUGACUUAAACGAAUAUUUCAUGAGUUAAUCAAUAGAUUUUGCCCUUUUGGCAAAUACGGCUGCCAAGUUUCAGAUUACUAUUCACAUAGUCGGCUAUCCAUAGUUGUUUUAUAAUAAUAUACUUCUAUAGUAAUCUUUAUUGUUGCGCUCUAUUAUUGUUUCGACGAUAGUAAUAAUGAUAAUAUAACAAUAUAAUGCGCGUAUGUGGUUUUUAAUUAAAUAUUACUAUUAUUAUUAUAUUGUAUGCGGUUUUUAAGGAUAUUACUCUUGUACGAAAAGGACGGUCGGUCGAGUAACAAAAAUUAAUAAUUUAUUAUAUCAUAUUGCUUUGGCGGUUCGUUGUUUGGAAUCAAUUAUAUUAUUAUUUUUUUUUUUUAAUAAUAGUCCGCCGAUCGAUAAUAUUAUGAUGUUGAUGAUCAUGUUGGCCAUCGCUGUGUAUUACAUAUUUUAAGUGCAUACCUAUUAUUGUUAUUAUUUUUAUUAUUAUUAUUAUUAUUAUUAUUAUUAUUAUUAUUAUUAUUAUUAUUAUUAUUAAGGCCGAGACGAAAAUAGCAUCGGGAAAAAGAAAUUAUUAUUAACGUUAAUAUUGCGCUAAGAAAAUGUAAUAAUGAAAAACUCUGAACGCCUGACUUGGAGGAAAGUGUUAAUUUAGUUUAUCCAAUUUACUUUGAGAUUACAUAAAUGUGCAGCCGCUAAAAUAUACGCAGGUACCUACUACAGCCUACAGAUUAAUUAAAUUUCUUGUUUUAAAAUUAAUAAAGUAAUAUUCAUUAUCGAUAACAAAACAUUUUUGUAGAAAAAAAAAAUGCAUAUAUGCUUGUUUAGAGGAAAAAUUAUGUGUAAUAGACCGAAUGAAAUUAUGACGGCUAUUGACAUCUCUUAGUAAUGUAAUAUUAUUGCAACCAAAGAAAAACGUCAAAUUUUCUAAAAUCCUUUCGUAAAGUAUAAUAAUAUAGUGGUAAUAAAAUAAUAAUUUGUCGAUAUCAAAUAGAAACGAAUAUAGUUUACAAACGUUACAAAAUAAUGAUUGUCCAUAUGUACAAUAUGGUCAAUAGUCGAAAUUUAAAAAAAAAAAAAAAGAAUUAGUAAAAAAUAUAUGUCCAAUGUACACAAUUUUCAUGACAUUGAAAUCCAAAAAAUAAUGUUUAAGUUUAACAGAUUGGUAAGUUCAUUUAAAUUUACAAAUAUUAUAAGAAUGUCCAAACAAAUUAAGUCAUCAGUAACUUGAUAUUACGUUUUAUCUAUGACAAUGGUUAUCUAUUUUACGUGAAUAUGUUUUGUUGUUGUUUUUAGAAAUUCAAUUUAAAAUUGUUAACUUAAAUACAUAUUUCAAAGUACUUGGCCAUUGGACAAUAUCGUAGUUAUGUUUAUUUUUUUAUAUAGAGCUUUCCUUUUUGAAUAUUUAAACUAGAUAAUGGACGUUUUAUUUACAGAACAUUUAUAAAUGUUUGAACCAAAAUAAUGUUAUGCAUUAUUUUUUUUUCCAAGCGAUAAUCGUAUAGACCCUUGUUACUUAACCCUAUUUUACAACUUAACAUAAUAUUAUUUUCACUCUGUUCGGCCGCAUAAAAUACAAAUAUAUUGCCGAGCCAAUCGGCUACCGUAUAAGCAAUAUUCCAACAAUCAUAUACUAUGACAGAUAUCGAUUUUAUAAAAAUGUUUUAUUACACAUUUAUACCUACAUUAUAAUACUAUUAAGAUAUUGAUCCCCUCACGGGUUAUUUGUUAUUAUUAUUAUUAUUAUUAUGCAAUAAAAAUUGUUAUUAUUAUAGGCUUAUAUUUUAUUUUAUAUAUUUUUGUAUAUACAUAUGUAUUAUAAAUUAUACUGUCAUAAAAUGUAUUCGGAAUGUUACAAAGUACCGAACUUAUACAACAUGUAUACGGGUAUAAUGUAUAUGGUAAAUAAUAGGUACCUACCCGACUGCAGUUCAAUUGAACCUUGUAUAAUGAAUACUCCAUGUCACACAAACUGUGUUGAGCCUUAUCUAGAUUUUAAUUAUCUUUUAUCGUAUACAGACAAAUAUUGCCAAGUUAUCUAAAUGUUUAUCUUAGAUAAAAAUGGUACUUAUUUAGAUAUAUGUAUCCAAAUAAAUUAUUGUGUAUAGGUAUAGAAGUAUUAUUUUCAAUAAAGCUUGAUAUUGACGAGUUGAAAACUUAAAAUUAUGUUAAAAAAUUAGGUUACUUAUAACCGAUUCCAGAGUCGGAUUUAGGGGGAUAUUUCCCGUGUAUAGGUGUCCUCAAAACCCCUCGCCUCGCUCAGAAUCUAAAAACAUUGUUUUAUAUAAGUAAGUAAAUUGAACUUCAUAACAAAUAUUAUAGUAUACGUAUUACACAUUAGUUUGAUAAUUUGUAUAUUAUUAACAUCUAAUAAGAUUAUAAAAUGUAAUCAUUGUUUUUCGAAAACUGUAACUGUUUUUAUCUAAAACAAUUAUAUGAUUAUCCAUUAGCUAUUAUCUAGAUAAUAUUAGCCAAUUAUUCAUCUUUUAUCUUUAUCAAGACUGUAGAUUUUUGAUGGUUUAUAUAUUAUUUAUUUUAUCCAGGUAAAUGUUUACUAUCUGUGUCUCAACACUGUCACAAAAUUUAAUGUACAAUAAUAACAUUGAAACAAUAAUAUUCGGCAACUUACUGUCUUUCUAUAAAAUAUGCAAAAUGCUUUCAAUACAUAUCUACAGAUAAUAUUAGAACUAUCGUUUAACAUAAUAUUAUAUACAUAUCAUUGCAGGGCCCCCAGUUGAGGUCGGAGUCACCAUGUAUGUUCUCAGUAUAAGCUCCGUGUCCGAAGUACUAAUGGUACACACAUAUUAUGAAUGAUUAAUUAAUUAUUAUAAUAAUAUUACUUUUUAAUACCUAUAUAUUUCGUUUUGAUAUAAUAAUUAUAUUAUAAUCAAUGUUUUUUUUUGUUUUUUUUUUUUUUGUUUUUUUGAAGAGUGUUCUACAUAUUGUUAUUAAGUGUAUACCUUGAUGUCUUUUCGUUUUAUUAUAUAUAUUAUUUUUUUAAGCUGUAUGUUUUACCAAAUUCGUCCUUUAUUAUUUAUACCUAUAUAUAAUAUAUGGUACUGAUGCUUUUUUGCUUCUUCGUUUGAGAAUCUAAUAAUGAAAAGAACUUAAAAAAAAAAUAAUAAUAAUAAUAUAAUAUAUUUAUUAAAAAAAAAAUAUAUAUAUAUAUGUGUGUGUGUAUGUAUAUAUAUAUAUUGCGUUACAAUAUUAUAUAAUAAUAAUAAUAAUAAUAAUAAAAGUACGAGACAACACUACAAUAAUAUAAUAUAUUAUUAUAAUAAAUGAUUAUAUGUAUUUCAAAAAAAAAAAGGAACUAAAUGACGUUCCCUGCAUGCAAAUCCGUUGCUUUGCCAACCGGUGCCACUCCCUAACAUUAGCAACGUUUGCAUUCGUCGUCGUCGUCGUAUAUUACGAUAUAAUAAUAUUAUAGUCACACCUGUGACCGGGGGAAAAAAUAAAAUGCUCAAAAUCAGAGUCAGUCAACAACAUUUAUACAUUAUUACGUAUACAGAACCCUUUUCAAAAGUAGCCACGUAUUUGUGGUUAUCUAUAUUACAUAUAGACUUCCAAACAUACCUGUAUGUAUUAUUAGGUAUACCCAUCGUUUUUCGCAUUAUUUUUCGACACGUCGUCACUGUCGUCGCGAAUUCGUUAAUUUUUCUAAUAAACACAAAAACUCGUUUAAUUUAUAAUGAAUAUUUUUAAAUAACGAUAUUAUCUAUACCGUGCGAUACCCAUCUGCAGCAUCACUGUUCAUAAUAAUAAUAUGGCUGUAUCAGUGAUGUAGCAACACAUUUUAUGUAUAAAGGUACGCACGAUAUAAUAAUAUGCAAUAUAUACUGCAAAUAAUAUGACUUAUAUACAAUACACUUAACGUAGCUCUAGCUGUUCUUCUGUAAAUUCAAUUUAGACAGUUUUCCGCCGCUUGUCUGUAUACACGCGAGUAUCGGUUCCAUUAUCGUUACCACCGCCUAGUGCGCAGAUAAACAUUCUAUAUGUGUGCAAUAUCGAAUUUUCCAAAGAGAAUCGAUUUCGAAAAUAGUCGUAUCACACACACACCGUCCGCCGCUUUUGACGUUUUAUUAUUCCAUGGACAGGGUACCUAUGAUACGCUCAGACUAUCAUUACAAUAAUAAUUAUAAUAAUAAUAAUAAUAAUAUUUAGAACGUGUUUAUGUUAAGGAGUCUCCCGGUUGGUCCAGCGUUCGUUUGCAUUAUAAUUUAUCCCGUAUAUAAUAUAUAUUCAUAAUGUUACACACAACACCGAGACGUGUGACCCUAUAAGCCCGUGUUUCCGUGUGAGAUAAUUAUUCAAAAUUCGGAUUUAUACUAUGCAAUAGACACUAAUAAUCAUAAUAUUAACGAAUAUUUGUACUGCGAGUACAUUUAAAACGCAUAAUUACCGAUAUAUUGUAGCACGUUGUUUUCCAGUAAAAAAUUGCCUUAAAAUAUACUAAAUAAAAUGCAAUAAUUAUAAUAUUGUAUAGACGUUAAUUUGUCGUAUUAUAUACAAAGUCCUUGAGUUAUGAUUACAUAAUGGUUUAAGUUUUGUUAUUGGCAUAGGCUUAUAAAUUAUAAUAGUUUGACCAUACAUUAGUAAAAUAUUGUGAAGACAACACGUCAUGUGCAAGAGAGAUUGAUAACUUUUUCAAUGAGGUUAUAGGUAUAUCAUAGACUAGUGGACCACUUCUUGAACAUGUUCAAAAAUCAGAUGACAUCUGAUAGUAACCAGAGACAUCCAGGAAAAAAAAAAAGAAAACUUUCACGUUUUUUCCAUGAAAAUCAUCGAUUUAUCAUUACGAAUUCUAACUCAUCAAGUGUACAUCGUGAAUUAUCAUAAAUAUUAUUAUAAAUAAGGUAUAAAGUUCAAUUAUCUAUACUUACUGUUUUGAUGGAAAAAAAAAAAAGAAAUAGGUAGUUAUUUUUUUCUUCCCGGAUACCCCUUUUUGUGUAUAGUAUGUCCUCUGACCAAUAAUCAUUUGCAACACGGUCCAUUGGUAAAUAAGUCUAUGGGUUAUGUAUAAUUAUAUAAUACUCCUUGACAAUUUAUUGAUAUAACGAAUUGAAUACUAAUGAACAAAACGUUGAAAAAAAUUUUAAUUUACCUCCAAAUUCAACGAUUAUUGUUAACGAAUAUUCAAUUGUUAUUUAUUUAUUUUCUUUUAGUAUGUUUACUCGUUAAGAAUUUUGCCACCAUUUCUCUACCUCGCCACCUGUCCUUAUCUAAAACAACCUCUCUUUAGUCUUCAAAUUCGAAGGAUUUUAAAUCUUCUACUACAUCAAACCAUCUUAACAAUUGUUUUUAAUUAUCAAGGAAUAUUAUAAAAUUGAGUACGUAACCGCAUAAAAAAAUCAACUCUCAUAGUCACACACUUAUUUUGGCUUCAACGUAUUUACACGGGACAAUUCAAUUGUAUAGAUUCUAUUGUAUUGUCGUAUAGAAAAUUUGUGAAGUUAAUUUUAAAUUUAUAACAGUACAAUAUAAUCGAGGACUUUGGUCAUGUUAAAAGAAUAUUAAGAACAUAUUUUAAUCUUUCAAUCAUUUACCUAUUACAAUUAUACCAUUACAAAAUACGCGUCAAAUUUCAAACAUUCCUUAUUUAUACGUACAUUUUUAAAUUGAAAAUAAAAUGGAACUAUUUAUAAUAUGCCUACUCGGUUAUAAUAUAUACGGCGGGCCGUUUAAAGGGGCGAAACGUGCGCAGUAUUAUAUAUUACUUUUGCGAAGUAGUGAAAUAAUAAUAUAUCGUUUUUGGCGUUUCGAUAGGUUUUUUUUUUUUUUUUUUUUUUGUUGUAUUUUGAUGUGAUUUUCUACCGCGGCGUCCUCUCGAACCGUAUUUGCUAUUCGAAAUCCAAACGUCCGUCGGUAUAGGUACAAAAUAAUAUAUACUCGUAAAAAAAAAAAAAAAAAAACCGAAAACAAAACAAAAAUAAAUAAAUAAAUGAAUAAAUAAAUGAAUGUAAAAAAAAAAAAAAAAAACCGAAUGCAUAAUUUAUGACUUGGAUUAUAUACAUUCUAUAUAUAUUUACUAUACUGUAUAUAUAUAAAUGUGUAUAUAUAUAUAUAUAUAUACAUAUAUAUAUAUAUUCACUAUACAGUAUACAUAUAUAUAUAUGGGAAUGUAUUUUAUAUAUUAUUGUUGUUUGUGUGUGUGCCGUAUUUCGAUUAGAGACACACAAAGCUGCGGAAUACCCAAUGAAGUUACGCGGGAGUGUCGGCGGAGAUGUUUUGCAUGUUUUGCUCGGCUAGACGCGGGUUCGGUUAGGCGGCAUCGGCCGGUUAAGUUAUACUUAUAGACUUACCUCAGGUACAACACUAUACGCGCCCAAUAUAUUUUUUUCCCUUAACGUCCACCGGGCGUUUAGGGGGCCACAAAUAAGUCUUAUGCUUUCCCAGGCGCAUAAUUGAUUUGACCCCUCCCCCCCGGAAACAGAUGUACCUUACCUAUACACCGCAUACUUACUUAUAUAUUGUAUAUUUUAAACAAAGUUUACGCACAACGACCUUUGUGUACCUAUAUAUAUAUAUAUUUAAUACAAGUAUAAGUACAUAUACUACGCCGCAGUGCGUUAAUGCCUUAAUGGGAAACGGGCCAAAUAACCGCGAAAUGUGACAACUGGAGAAAGGGCAAACUUUUUUUUUUUUAUUUCUUUUUUGGAAUACCUUCCAAAAGCUCUUUUUUUUCGUUAAAAAGGUCAUGUCGAAAAUGUUUCCGAUUCAACAUUUUUAUUUUUAAUCAUAUAGAUUCACGUCGGAUUUAACAUCACAUUAUUUCAUAGAUACGGGAAUGUUAUUAUAUUAGGUAUACACGGGUACUGCUAGUCUAUGUAGAAAAAACCAAAAAUAUAAUAUUAAAAUGUAAUGUAGUAACACGUAAAGUACAAUAUUUUAUAGUAAACAAUUAUAUAGAUACAUCGGACGGAAAUAGUUCACGAAGAUCAGUGUUAUUAAAAAUUUGACGUAGUUGGGUAAAAAAUUAUUUUAAGGUUUUUUUUUUUUUUUUAAUUAUAAUAUUAAAUGAUAAUUUAUAUAUUUGGCUCAAAUGUAGUACCUUAAAAAUACUGUACAUCAUUAUUAGAAGACUGGUUAUAAUACCCAUAUAUGGGUUAUUUAGAUACACUUAUAGAGUAUAAUAUUGUCAUAUUAUAGCGAUCGACAAUGGAAUAAUAAUAUACUCAUACUAUUGUUUAUUCCUGACAUUUAUUAAAUAUUUUCACAACAUUUAAUUUUCAUAUAAUGUUAUUGAUAAGCCGUGCUAGCCGACAAAUGGUGCAUGGUAAAUAAUUAAAAUUGCAUGUUCAACGCAUGUUAUAGAUAGACUGCACGACACGCAAAAUUUGAAUAUCACUGUUGUAUAAUUUGUAAAAAAAAAAAAAAAAUGGGUUUUCCCCAGAAGUAUGUCAACCUUUGGCGUGCGAUUUUUUUAAAAUUAUUUAUUUAGGCUUGUUGCAUGUACAUAUUUUUAAAUAUAUCUGUAUAUACCUACCAUACGAAUAAUAAAAAAAAAAAAAAUAUAUAGUUUCUUAAUAACAUAAUAAAUAAUUAUUUUAAAUUUAAUAUUAUACAUAAAUACGUCAUAUUAAUACAUAAUAGUUUAUACACUUCGAGUAAAUAUCAAUAUUUUUCAUUAAAAACAGAAAUAACAUUAUUUAACAUUCAUUUUUUUUCUAUUUUUAUUAUUAUUAAAAUAGCGUAGAAAAUCAUUAACAUGUUGAGUAUUUAAAACGUUUCGGUUAAUAUUUUCAAAUAAAUAAUAAUAUAAUAUUACCUGUGUUUUCGAUUUGUUCACCAUUUCAGUGAAAUAUUAUACUCGAAACAAUAUUAUAUUAUGCAUUUUAAAAUUAUAACCUAAAAAGUUUGAAAUACUCAAUUAAAAAAAAAAAAUAUAAUAUAUGUAUAAAUAUUAAUUUUUUAAAUUUAUUAUAGGACUUUACGUUAGAUUUUUAUUUCCGGCAAUUUUGGACCGAUCCCCGGCUGGCUUUCACGAAACGUCCGGGAGUAGAAACGCUUUCUGUGGGAUCGGAAUUCAUCAAAAACAUUUGGGUGCCCGACACGUUCUUCGUCAACGAGAAACAGUCGUAUUUUCACAUAGCUACCACCAGCAACGAAUUUAUAAGGAUACACCAUUCGGGAAGCAUAACGAGAAGUAUUCGGUAAUAAUAAUAAUAUUAUGAUAAUUAUUUGCUGUAUAAUCGAGAGCCACAUAAUAUAUUAUAUUGUUAUUAUGUAAAUGUAUAAAAAUAUGUUAUAUUUAUAGCAGACCCUGAAAAGUUUGUUAAAAUUAUAACCAAGUUCACGAAUUUGUUAAUUUUUUUUUAAAUUAAUUCGCUUAGGUUCAAAUUUUGUAAAUAAACAUAAGUUCUUUAAAAGUUAAUUUCAAUAUUGAUUUCCAUUAACUUUAAUUUUACGUAAAGUAUCAGUGAUUUUGUUCAAUAUCAUAAUAUUAGAUUUGAAGUACAUUGAUUUACGUUAGUAAUCUCAAGGGGGCAUCACAGUGGAACUUGCGAUCUCUGGUGAAUUUCUCUAGCAAAACCGAUUAAAUUAUUUGCUUAAAUUCACAAUUUAUUAUUUUUGAAACCCGAAAUAAAAAAAAAAAGAAAGAUAACGUACCCUAUUAACGACUUGACCUUAUUAAAAAUAGUAACUUAAAUAAAAUACGAACUUAAUUCACCUUUCGUUCAUUAUACAAAACUUGUACUUUGAACACGGACAAACGAGUUCACAUGAACUCCAUUCUAACUUCAUUUCGACGUCUGAUCUAUAAUUUGUGCACCUCAAAUGUACGUACGCAUCACAAAUACAACUACACUAGCUAGAUAUUAGGUAUUUCGCGAACUUAAUACUUUCAAAGAGAAAAAUCAUAAAAAAAAAAAUUUAAAUUCAAAAAUUAUAAAAACCCUAUACCAGCUGCUCUUUAUGGGCUGAAUAGAUAAAAAGUAGACAAAGAUCUUUCUCCUGUGUAAAAUUCCAAAAAUGCAAAGUUCAUCAAGAACGGAAUAAUACUGUAGAUUUUUACAUAGAACGGAUAAACAGACAUACAGACAGAAUUUCAGUUCCGAAAAUAUUUUCAAUUUCACGGAGACAAACAUAGAACCAUGAUAAUAUUUUUAGGCUUAAAAGACUAAAAUUUCAAAAAUAUCUCCACAUUUAUCUUCCUUAAUUUCAAAGUUUUCUCCGGCCUCCUUUUACUUACACUUUCCGGUGUCUCAAAACUAUGGAUUCAAAAUAAUCCGGUAUAUAAUUUAUGACGUUAAUAUCCCAGAUGAACUCCCAGCACUACGAAAUAGCAAGUUAGAUUUAUUUGCUGCAAGUGUAAUGUAUUAAGUUGCAAUAUGUAUUACAUAAUAUAUUAUUCUGCAAUACGUAAAUAUAAUACUCAGAGUUUUUGUUAAAUUUAAGGACUUUGUAGUUUGUGUAUUAUUUAUUAUUACGGAACAACCGCUAAAUAGCACGUCUAAGUGUCACAUUUUUCAUUAUUACAAUAAAAUGUGUCUCUUCAACUGACCUCCAGCCUAUAAAAACACGGCAUUGAUAAUAAUAUUGUCUAUCGAUAAUAAGUGCUCGUGCACUUUGGGCGAAUGUUCAAAUUACAUUAUUAUCAUUAUAUUAUACACGCGGACCCCGUCGGGUGUAACCCGAUACACGAGUAGUCCCCGAAGAACAGCACUACUUGUAUUAUAUAAUAUAAUACCUAUAAUAGCUGUAUAAUAUUGACGGCACUAUAAUAACUUUUUGUACAAUAUGUUCGAUGUUGUAGUUUGACAAUUACUGCGUCUUGCCCCAUGAACCUGCAGUACUUCCCGAUGGACCGACAACUGUGUCACAUCGAAAUCGAGAGCUGUAAGUGUCUUACAUAUUAGUAACUAUAACAAUAAUAAACAAAACGAUGAUAGUAUACGAAAUUCGUCAAUAAAACGAAAAAAAAAAAAAAAAAUGUAAUUAAUUAAUUAUUUAAAUAUUAUAUAUUAUCUAUCUAUUUGUAUUAUACUAAUUGUUUCUUGUUGAUUUCGGUGUCCUUCUACCCCAUAAACAGCACUGAGUCACGUGCCCGAGGAGAAGGACCAGGCACAUCGCACGACUACUAAUUUUCACCCGCGGGUAACGAACGCGAACGAAUAUAUUAUAUCGUCAGAAAUAUUAAUUACAUGUUUCCUUUGGCAAUAAUUAUAAUAAUUUCUCCAAACACGCACCACACGACAUAAUAAUUUAAUAUUACGAUAAUACAAAAUCUGUAAAAGAAAACUUUUAUUACAAAAGCUGCACAAUUAAAUGUAUAUUUUAAUACAUACACACACACACACACACACACAAACACACGCAACGACGCUUAUCUAUACAAACUUGCUAUCGCGUAAAUUUUCACGCGUCACACUUUUUCUUUGAGACGACUUUGAGUGACGUGUGACAUUCUGUACUGAUAAUUUUUGUCACAUUUUCACAGUCGGUUAUACGAUGCGUGAUAUCCGGUACAAAUGGAACAGUGGUUUUAAAUCGGUCGGGAUUAGCAACGAGGUGCAGUUGCCGCAGUUCCGGGUUCUCGGGCACAGGCAGAGGGCCACCGAAAUUAACCUAUCUACAGGUAGAUUGACAUGACCUAACCAUCACACGUGCGAUUUUUUUUUUUUUUAACAAUUAUAUAUAGAUUCGAACAAUAACCAUAAUAAUUGUUUACCUAUGCGUAUAUAAUAACGCGAAAGCCAAAGCUUAUACUAUUAUAAUAUUAUAAAGUCCCCUCGAUCGUUAACGAUACCUACAAAACUAUAUAGCGCGUGCCCGUGACGUGAUGGGUGGGUCUUGAGCUCUAAAAACAGGUUUAAACGUUAGGGAUGUGUUUGAAUGAUUUCCCAGUUGGUUAUACGAUGCGAGAUAUUCGAUAUAAAUGGAAUGAGGGACCAAACUCGGUGGGCGUCUCCAACGAAGUGUCUCUGCCACAGUUUAAAGUGCUGGGACAUCGGCAAAGAGCUAUGGAAAUUAGUCUAACAACAGGUAAUGUUUGGAAAAACAACUACUUCCGACGCAAGUAUUGAAUCUCUUGUAUUAUAUUUAUUAAAUCAAUCCCUACAUAUAAAUAUAUGUAUAACAAAAUUAAAAAAAAGUUUUGUUUUAAUAAUAGCGUUUGUAUCCGUAACCUAUAUUAAAUGUAUUUGUGUUUUGGAGUCGACGUAUAGAUGUUAACAUUGAUUAUAAAUACUACAGAUCGCUCACUGGCCCGUUUUACGAUGGGAUUAAAUAAAACUCUCGAUGGAUGGUGAUUAAUAUGAUACAUGUAUGAAGAAUGUGACUUGUAAUACAGUGACAGAGCAAGAUUUUUUCAGCUUUUGUCCAGGGCCGACAAUUUUUUGUGUAAAACUUGCAUAUUCAUAAUAGCUUUCAAGUUUACCAAUGAAAAUAAUGUUUUAUUGAAAAAUUGUUGAACACAGUCCUUAUCGACUUUAUCACUCCCCCUUUUUUUUCCAACGGUCUAUCGACGGAACGUUUUUUUUUGGUAAUAUUUUGCGCAGAUUUACAAUUUUUUUUUUAAGGAUCUCAUGUUUAGCAACUUUUUUUUGUGAACUAUUCAUACUUUUUAUACUAUUCAUAACUUCUUGAGGACGCAUAAAAUCGAUUAAAAACAAUAGGUAAUUUCUCAUAGUUGGUGUUAUUGAUAACGAUGGGCUGUUUUCCGGGAAAACUAAAGAAGACUAUCUAAAUUUGCCACUUUCAUACGUACGUACCGGUGUUAAUACUUUUAAAAUACUUUGAAAUUUUAAAUGGAAGAUACAGUUUGAGUUUGCACAAAAGAAAUAAGCCAAUGGUAAGAUAAUGCUGACGAGUGGAUCACCAUUAUAUCUGUAAGCAACUACAAACAAUUGCAAAUGAAAGACGAUUCAGAGCGCGAUUCGGUUAUACUUACUAACAUAUUUUGAAAAUAGUGCGGGUAACCACAGAAGUAAAAUCGUGAAAUCUUACAAUUUUCUCUCGAAUACUGUUUCGAAAAAACAUGUUCGAUAUUUUUUAGCAAGAUUUCUAGGAGAAAAAGUGCUUAUACAGAAGAAAAAUAAAAGAGAAAAUUAACAUCAUUGUAAAACCAAUACAUUCCUCGCUAUGCUCUGAAUUUAAAAUAUUUUUGAUGCAUUUUAAAAUACCUACAUUUAUAAUAUUACAUUGAAAAAUGUAUUUUUUAUAACAAUUCAAUGUUUCGAUAGAAUCUAGAGGCGUUAAUUUAUAAGUAGUUAAAAAAGGUAUAUUAAAUUAUAUUUCGAUCCCCAUAUAUUAUCUUAAAAUAUGUCUCUUUAGAUCUUAGAAUCUCUUUAGAAUCUAUUUAGAUUCUGGGUGAAGCGAGGAAUGUAUUGGUUUUACAAUGAGAUAUUUUUUUCAGCGAACAACUUAUCUACCAGAAAUUUUACUUUGAUGUACGAAGUGUAGUUCCUUUUUGAAAGGAAAUUUUUUCUAAUUAGUGCAAGAGAGGUCAAUUUUUGAUUUUCCAAAAAGUUUUCAAAAUACUUCGGAAAAACCCAAAAGAAAAUUAAAGGUAAAACAGCAAACGUUGUGGCAACGUUGCGUCUCAAAUUGAUUAUUUUAAUUUUUGCAAACGAUAAUUUCUACCAAAAAUCGAAAAACGAUAAGUGAUCAAUUUUAUUUCAUUUAAUAUUUAUCCACCGACAGAAAUAAUAAUUUUUCAAUAUCUAAAGUAGUUUAUAAUAAUUGGGAAAAAUCAAAGAAGAUGAAAUAUGCGAUUUUUUUUUUUUUUUUAAAGUUAGGGUCCAACAAUUUCAUUAUUUAAAAUAUGUAAGAUUAUAUUUUUUUACCAGAAAUCUGAUAUGAUUCAAAAUUAGAAUAUUUUCUGAAAGAAAAAGAAAAUAGUCAUUUUAUUUUUCGUUUAAUUUUUCUAAUAACUACGAAAAACCAAAAAAAUAAAAAAUGUAGUUAAUACGGUAAGGAAGACAGUAUUUUGUUUUUUCGCUGUUAUUCGGUAAACAAUAAUUAUUGAAUUUCGUAAAUGUGGUAAAAAAUUCUAGCUAUUUUUAGACUAUCUAUAGGUAUUUUAUAUUUUCGUAUUUUUAUAUGUAUUUUUGUUUGGUAUCUGUUAUUAAAAUUAUAUGACUUAAGAGAAAUGCUUGAAAAUUUAACAUGAGGUAUAUAAUAAGUUGUAAUUAGUGUUUUAAAAAAUAUACCACUAAAUGAAAAUAAAAAUAUUACCACUAGUAAUAGGCAGUAUUAUUUGUAACAAUACCCAUUUAUAAUCAAUUAUAAUAUUAAUUUCAAUGCCGCGUGUUGACGAAGGCCGGUUAGAAGAGAAAUGAAUGCGACACUAGCGCAAUCCGCCAAUACUAACCGAGCGACUGCAGUGCUUUAAAGCGUUAUCCGCCAAUUGUUGCACCACCGAAAACCCGGCCAGUGAGCGAUAAAUAGUAUUUAUAAUCAAUGAUAUUAGUAAACAUUAGAGAUUAUACUAUACUUAACAAACAAUAUAACUCAAUGCAAAUAUUAUAUUUUACUAAGCGGUUUUACCAAUACAGUAUCAUAGUAUUAUAUAUAAAUCUGACGAAUCGGUUUUCACGUCCGCCUUUCAUUUCCUAGGUAAUUAUUCGAGACUGGCGUGCGAAAUCCAAUUCGUAAGAUCGAUGGGCUACUAUCUCAUCCAAAUAUAUAUCCCCAGCGGGCUGAUCGUCAUCAUAUCUUGGGUGAGCUUUUGGUUGAACCGAAACGCCACCCCGGCCAGAGUCGCGCUGGGCGUGACAACCGUGUUGACCAUGACUACGCUUAUGUCUUCCACCAACGCUGCGUUGCCCAAGAUAUCGUACGUGAAAUCCAUUGACGUGUACUUGGGCACGUGUUUCGUCAUGGUUUUCGCGUCACUUUUAGGCAAGUAAAACAAAUUGCGACGCGAUAACGCAGUGUAGUUUACUGGAAUUAUACGCUUUCAAAUGGUUUUACGUUUUAUUAUCUCAUGUUGGCUAUGUAGAAUACGCCACUGUCGGGUAUAUGGCGAAGAGGAUACAAAUGCGGAAAAAUCGUUUUCUGGCCAUACAAAAGAUUGCCGAACAGAAGAAAGGAGUAGGAGUUGGAGGAGUAGGAGUGGGUGUGGGAGUAGGACACCAUGACACGCACGGUCGCAGUCACUCGCACCUCUCGCAUAAUCAUGGCCACGGGUCGAUACAAGGUCACGGGACUUUGUCCGGUCACGGGACCAUGUCAGGCCACAGUGCAUUAUCGCACGGUAUAUCGGGACACAGCAUACCUGCUCACGGGACGAUAUCCGGCCACGGCUACGACGGCCACAGACUCAGUCACGGUGGCCACGGUGGCACCAUGCCGGUUUCGAUUAUGUCCGGGGAUAUAGACCACGCGCACAGACAAACUGUAAGCGUCGUUGUAACAACAAUGUUUUUUCCGACCCGUCUUCCCCCCCCCCGAAUCUUUAAUUUUCUUUAUAUAAAGUCGGAUUUUCAUAAGGACAUAGUAAUCGGCCGAGUUACUAUAAUAAAUUGCUAAAUCGAGUACUCAAUCAUAUCUAUUCACAGGUCAGUAAAAUUGACUUAUAUUGUAAGUUCAUAUACAUAUUAGUAAUGUAUUUUUGUAAAAAAUAAAUUGAAAAAAACAGGUUGAUCUAAAUAUUCGAAAAUCGCACUUUGAUCGAGUGAUUCAAUAAAACAGGAAAUAGAAAAGGAAAAAUAAUUUGGACAAGAAUAUGAAUUGAGAUGUUCAGAGAUUUCCUCUUGAGUUAACAUGCAAAAGAUGAUGUGACACAGAUCACACGAGAAUGAGUCUCUCGACAUUAAAUACUUUAUAUUGUUAAAUAGACACUAGGUAACAGUGUUAAUUCAUUGAUAACGCAUUUCACUAACGCCAGUGAUGUCUAAAUUGGUUUAGUAUAUAAACGAGUGCCACUAGUAGCACGUCGCACUCGGCUGAAAAAAUAGAACCGUUUUUUAAUAGCUCAACUAAAAUAUUUAAUCUAAAAUCAGCACUGGAAUUAUUACUUUAUAAUUGACCAUAUUUAAAACAACUUUAGCAAUUUGUUUUAGUAACUUGCCUACUCUGCGUACUAUCCAAGUGUAAACCCGGUAUAACGUUAUUCCCCCUCCCUCUAACUGAUCCACGCAGUGCCCCUUGUAAGUGAUUCCCGUUUGUUCCAGGAGGUACGAUUCAAGGCUCACGAUUCAAAGAACUAUCUGAAAGGCGGUUCGUUGGAGAACACAAUCAACAACCGGGGAGACGACGACAUCACGCCGUUACCGCCGCAACAUAUUAUGCAUCCCAACAAAGAUAUAAACAAACUCUACGGAAUCACGCCCAGCGACAUUGACAAGUAUUCCAGGAUCGUGUUCCCGGUGUGCUUCGUUUGCUUCAACCUCAUGUACUGGAUCAUAUACUUGCACAUCAGCGACGUGGUCGCCGACGAUCUAGUACUGCUCGAAGCGGACUAGGCACGUUAUGCGAUAAUUAUUAAGGCUCACGGUGGUUUUCAGACUUCAUUGACAACACUGUCAAAACGACUAACAUAAAAACUACUUUUUAUCUAGGUUUAGUAAAGGCUCAAUGAAGUAUACAACCCCAAGUAUAUAUAAUAAUAUGACGUUUAGUAGUUGAACUAUUAUUAAUAUACACAAUAAUAAUAAUAACGUAGGUUGGUACAUGUUUAGAUCUAGACAAAAUUUGUAUGUCUGCAGGGUCUUUCACGUAAUUCGUAGGUUGCUAAUAAACUACGCACACGAAAUCAACCGAAGAAAAUUUACUGAACGAUAAAAAAACCCUUCGGUUUUAAUGUUUUUUUUUCCUAACCUCCUUCCCCUUUUCCUCUUGAGAUUUAUUUUAACGCGUGAGUUAUAAUACACUUCCGACAUUAACGUCUUACGUCUUUAUCUAUAAACAUAGUAUUAGACUGAAAUGUAAGUAUAGGUAUAAACCGACAUUUAUUAUAGUCCACAUUUAGGUAGAUAUCGUCGUAAUAUACGAAUGCCGGUUAUCUCGAAGUAAAAUGUUUUACAUAUUAUUAUACGGUUAUUGCGUGUAGUGGAAAUUUUCCCCGAGGUUUUUUUAUUAUUAUUAUUAUUUUAUAUUUUAUGUAUCGACGGGAUAUAAAUGACAAUAUUAUAAUAUGUAGGUAUCUUUAGGUAUUAUUUUACUUGGCGUUGUAUUAGAGUUGAAAUAUUUAUUAAAGUUACUUUAUGAGACACCUAUAAUAUACUAUGAUUACAAUACUGUUAUUCUGAUCGAUAUUUUAGUGUUCGUUUAUACAUAAGAUACUUAUUGUUAGGGUAUAUUAUUGCCGUUUUACACAAAACUUCGUCAAUAUCGAUUAUAUAUUUUCUAUUCGCAAAGAUUUCGCAUUAUACGCGUACAAUAUAACUAUAAAGUUUUUUUUUUCCCCAAGCAAUUAAAAAAAAUAAAAAAAAUAUAGCGAUAGAGUAAGAUAAAGUACUUCUUUUUCGUCCGACUUUCAGUUUUACAAUGCACGUUAACGCAAAAAUAUGACGCUACACUUAUUAUAUAUUAUAUUAUAUUAUUGUAUUAUAAAAAAAAUUGGUUGUGAGAAUUUCGGGAAUAAUAAUAAUUAUAUUAACCGAUCGGUAUAAAUUACGCGUUUUUUAAACUUCUUCCACUCUUACCCUUGCACAAAAAUCUUCGACUAUACGAUAUAAUAUUUAAUCGUCAUUCAACAAAUAUUUUAAUAUUACGAUUAUAUUAUUAUAACAUUAUAUACUUAUUACGAUGCCGAUUAUUAUCGUUAUUAUUAUUAUUAUUGAUAAAUAAAUAAUAAUAAUAACAAUAAUAAUAAAAAGUUAACUAUUUGUAGCGUUUUAUACCAAAUGUAAUAAAAAAAAAAAAUUUAAAUAAACUUGUAAUAUAAAACUGAAGUGGCAUAUUCGUAUAUUAUAAUAAUUACAAUACAUGGAUAUUUGAAAUUUAUUUAUUAUUAUAGUUAACAUUUCAGAGUUGUUUUCAUUGAAAAUGAAUAGCUCAUUCGAUUUUAACUCGUAUCUAUAUAAUAUUAUAAUAUUAUAUGAUUGUAGGUUAAAUUAAAAAGGAACAAAAAUUAAACAGAUAACGCAAUUAUUAUUAUUAUUUUCGAUUAUUGAUUUUUUUUUCACCCAUAAGAAGGGACACGAUUUUGAUUUCUUAAAAUUAUUUUUAUAAUAAAUGACAAAACUAUAAUAAAUACGCAUGUACAAAAAAAAAAAAAAAAAAUUAAAUUAAUUAUAAAAUUAAUUAUUAUAUAAUAUUACGAUAUAUAAAUUGAAAUAUUUUAUAUAGGACAGAAUAUACAUAAUAUACAUUAUGAAUACUUUUUUACAACACUUUUAGUGAUAACGAUAUCAUUGUGUUUACUGGGGGUUGGUGGCAUGUCGAGACUCCGACAGCUCUCCCGUGAGUAUUCUGUCAACAUAAUAAUAUUUUAUUAUUAAAACGACCUUUCACUUUUACGAUUUAUAAUAAUAAUAAUAAUAAUAAUCAUACAACCACCUAGCCACUAAAAAACAUAUUGUAUUAGAUAUUUAGUUUUGAUUUCAACGUUUAUCGUUAUUAUGUCUCAUCACAGCAAUUCAAGAGACAAUUUAUUUUCGUCUCCCUUUCGGGACUCGUUGAGAAUUUCCCCUGAUUAUUUUUCAGUAUAAUAUAUAUUGUUCCGUUUUGUUUUUAAAACGUCCGUGGUAUAAUAUUAUUCAGUCGGGGUCUCAACAGUUCCACACCACGACCGGUCGAUCAUCCAUCUAAAUUAUAAAAAAAAAAAAAAAAAUAAUAAUAACGAUACAAAUUGAUAAAAAAAAUAUAUUAUAUUAUAAUUUAUCUUAAGGGUAUAAAAGGGACAUGACAGUGGCCAGUCUUGGGCUAAUUAUACACUAACUCUUAGAUGAAAAAACACUUAUACCGAUAAGCCUAUACAAUUUCAUUUAUUUUAAUUAACACACACUUUUUAAAAGCACUUUCAAAUAAUAUUGUGAUUCGCACAUUUUAAAGAUAUAAUAAAAGUACCUAAAUUAACAAAUUAUCGAUGCCGUGUUAGAUUAUAAUAGGAUGUAAUACGCAUUUUGUAUAAAUAAGAAGCGUUUGUACGUGCAUUUUAAUUUAAAAAAAAAAAAAAAAAAAUUGACUUCCUUAGAAUAUUAACGGAAAUAAAGUGGUAGUUUUUGGAAACGUAUAUACACAGUAAGAACUACCGUCGAAUAUUCUAAAUCUUGUUAGAUUUAAACAAAAAUAAUAAUAAAACAUCUAUAUAAGAAAAAAUUGUUAUUAUUUUAAGGUUUUUAUUUUUAGUUUAUCGUAAGUUGUUUUGUUUUAUUUAUUAUAUUAUUAUUAUUACCUUGAUCACUUGUUUACCACCUGUUUGUAUUCGCUGUUAGUUAAAAAAAACAAAAAAAAAACAAAACAAAUAUAUUAUAUGUUUACCCUUGUUUUCAUUUUGAAAAAAAAGUGUUAAAACACUUUGAUUUUAAUAUGUUUAUUAAUCAUUAUUAUUAUUAUUAUUAUCUUUUGGUGCUUCCGUUCUUUAUGUUAGCAUAUUAUUAUUAUAUUUUAUACGAACUGAUAUACAAUAUAUGUUUACACAUAUUUCUUAUAUAUUGUACACAAUAUAAUAUUAUAAUAUUAUAUCCAGUUAUACUUGUCUGAGACGGACAAUGUGUAAAAACGGAAAAUCGAACGGUCCCAAAAUUGAAUUUCACGCGUACACGACGGGAUUAAUUAGUCGGGGUUGGUGUUAUUUCGGUCAAUUAUAAGAGGGUGUGAACAUUUUGUUGGGUCAAUUUCCACUGAAUCGCCAGUCACCAGGCCAUUGUUUAAAAAAUAAUAAUUGUUGAAAUUUAAUAUUAUGCGAUUGAAAAAAAAUUGUCAAUAAAAAAAAAAAAAUAAUAAUAAUAAUAAUGAUAAAUUGAAUAACCAAGUCCGGAUGACCACGGCCGUAUAGUAUCGACAGAAUAUCGAGGCCCGUAUAAUUAUUAAAGACACAAAUCGCAAGGAAAUGUGAUUGUACACAGUGUCUCCCCUUUCCAAAUGACCCCCCCCCCUCAUUAACACUUUUGUAAAAUGAAAACCUGCACGGCAAUGGAAAUAUCAAUAUUCCAUUUCUCCGAGUACCGUUUUAGACCGUUUUCUCACUGUAUUUCAUGUAUAUUAUAUUAUAAUAAUAUGUUUGUACUACAUGAUGUGUAUUCGUAUAUUUUAUAUUAUUAUUAUUAUUUACGUCAUCGGUAAUAUUAUAUUUUAAGUUAUAUUAUUAUAUAUUAUAUUAUUAUACGUUUAAGUCCUAUUAUAAUAAUAUUACGAUGUAUAUCUGCAGUGUAAGAUUAUAGAAUUUAUAGUCUACUAAUCUCACUGAGCUCAAUAAACAAAGUGAAGCAAAACUCUGCGUGUGCACAUGUGAUUUUCUUUGUCCGUCUUAAGCGGGGAUGGCUCAAUUGGACGUAUUGUGUGAAAUAUACUUUACUGAUCAGCUCCUAAUAUUAUCACGGUAGAUAAAUUUUGAUCGUGUCUAUACCGAUACUUUACCAGAAGUGUCAGUGGUGGUCAAAUGAUUUCGUCAUUGGAUGUGGGGGGGGAGAUAAGCUUAACCUUUUUAAAUUUUUUUUAGAUUCUGUGUGGAGCAAGGAAUGUAUUGGUUUUGCAAAGAUGUUUAUUAUUAUUUUGUUUUAAUGUGAAUACUUUCUACCAGAAAGCAUAUUCCGAUUAUAAAGUUUAGCACCUUUUCUGAAAGGGAAUGCUCUCUGAGUGGUACUUUAGGGAGGUUAUUUUUGAAAUUGUCAUUUAUAUACGAG